GUCGAGGCGAAUGCUGCGCGCUGAGGGGGCGGGACUCUGGCGCUCAUUUGAUGACGUCAGAUGGCGACAGCGAGUGCGCCGGGGUCAGAGAGAAACAUGGCUGUUACCAAGGAAACAGCGAACCAGGACCGUGCUGCCAUGGUAACCACCCACCCGGGAAUCAGGGUUAUCUAUCAGUGGGGUGUCUGGCUGUUCCCGUGUGGCUGAGUGGCAGGGUUAUCUAUCAGUGGGGUGUCCGGCUGUUCCCGUGUGGCUGAGUGGCUGGGUUAUCUAUCAGUGGGGUGUCUGGCUGUUCCCGUGUAGGCUGGCUGAGUGGCAGGGUUAUCUAUCAGUGGGGUGUCCGGCUGUUCCCGUGUGGCUGAGCGGCAGGGUUAUCUAUCAGUGGGGUGUCCGGCUGUUCCCGUGUAAGCUGGCUGAGUGGCAGGGUUAUCUAUCAGUGGGGUGUCUGGCUGUUCCCGUGUAAGCUGGCUGGGUGGCAGGGUUAUCUAUCAGUGGGGUGUCCGGCUGUUCCCGUGUAAGCUGGCUGGGUGGCAGGGUUAUCUAUCAGUGGGGUGUCCGGCUGUUCCCGUGUAAGCUGGCUGAGUGGCAGGGUUAUCUAUCAGUGGGGUGUCCGGCUGUUCCCGUGCGGCUGAGUGGCAGGGUUAUCUAUCAGUGGGGUGUCCGGCUGUUCCCGUGUAGAAAAGCUGGCUGGUGGCAGGGGUUAUCAUCGAGUGGGGUGUCUGAAACAUUCCGUGUGGCUUUCUGGGUGGCAGGGUUAUCUAUCAGUGGGGUGUCCAUUUGUUCCGCGUGUAAGCUGGCUGAGUGGCAGGGUUAUCUAUCAGUGGGGGUGUCAGGCUGUUCCCGUGUAAGCGGCUGGAGGUGGCAGGGUUAUCUAUCAGUGGGGUGUCCGGCUGUUCCCGUGUAAGCUGGCUGAGUGGCAGGGUUAUCUAUCAUUGGGGUGUCCGGCUGUUCCCGUGUAAGCUGGCUGGGUGGCAGGGUUAUCUAUCAGUGGGGUGUCCGGCUGUUCCCGUGUAAGCUGGCUGAGUGGCAGGGUUAUCUAUCAGUGGGGUUUCCGGCUGUUCCCGUGUAAGCUGGCUGAGUGGCAGGGUUAUCUAUCAGUGGGGUGUUCGGCUGUUCCCGUGUGGCUGAGUGGCAGGGUUAUCUAUCAUUGGGGUGUCCGGCUGUUCCCGUGUAAGCCGGCUGGGUGGCUGGGUUAUCUAUCAGUGGGGUGUCCGGCUGUUACCGUGUAAGCUGGCUGAGUGGCUGGGUUAUCUAUCAGUGGGGUGUUCGGCUGUUCCCGUGUGGCUGAGUGGCAGGGUUAUCUAUCAUUGGGGUGUCUGGCUGUUUCCCGUGUGGCUGAGUGGCUGGGUUAUCUAUCAGUGGGGUGUCCGGCUGUUCCCGUGUGGCUGAGUGGCUGGGUUAUCUAUCAGUGGGGUGUCUGGCUGUUCCCGUGUAAGCUGGCUGAGUGGCAGGGUUAUCUAUCAGUGGGGUGUCCGGCUGUUCCGUGUAGCAGGGUUAUCUAUCAGUGGGGUGUCCGGCUGUUCCCGUGUAAGCUGGCUGGGUGGCAGGGUUAUCUAUCAGUGGGGUGUCCGGCUGUUCCCGUGUAAGCUGGCUGAGUGGCAGGGUUAUCUAUCAGUGGGGUGUCGGGCUGUUCCCGUGUGGCUGAGUGGCAGGGUUAUCUAUCAGUGGGGUGUCCGGCUGUUCCCGUGUAAGCUGGCUGAGUGGCAGGGUUAUCUAUCAGUGGGGUGUCCGGCUGUUCCCGUGUGGCUGGGUGGCAGGGUUAUCCAUCAGUGGGGUGUCCGGCUGUUCCCGUGUAAGCUGGCUGGGUGACAGGGUUAUCUAUCAGUGGGGUGUCCGGCUGUUCCCGUGUGGCUGAGUGGCUGGGUUAUCUAUCAGUGGGGUGUCCGGCUGUUCCCGUGUAAGCUGGCUGGGUGGCAGGGUUAUCUAUCAGUGGGGUGUCCGGCUGUUCCCGUGUAAGCUGGCUGAGUGGCAGGGUUAUCUAUCAGUGGGGUUUCCGGCUGUUCCCGUGUAAGCUGGCUGAGUGGCAGGGUUAUCUAUCAGUGGGGUGUUCGGCUGUUCCCGUGUGGCUGAGUGGCAGGGUUAUCUAUCAUUGGGGUGUCCGGCUGUUCCCGUGUAAGCCGGCUGGGUGGCUGGGUUAUCUAUCAGUGGGGUGUCCGGCUGUUACCGUGUAAGCUGGCUGAGUGGCUGGGUUAUCUAUCAGUGGGGUGUUCGGCUGUUCCCGUGUGGCUGAGUGGCAGGGUUAUCUAUCAUUGGGGUGUCUGGCUGUUCCCGUGUAAGCCGGCUGAGUGGCAGGGUUAUCUAUCAGUGGGGUGUCCGGCUGUUCCCGUGUAAGCUGGCUGAGUGGCAGGGUUAUCUAUCAGUGGGGUGUCUGGCUGUUCCCGUGUUGCUGGGUGGCAGGGUUAUCUAUCAGUGGGGUGUCCGGCUGUUCCCGUGUUGCUGGGUGGCUGGGUUAUCUAUCAUUGGGGUGUCCGGCUGUUCCCGUGUAAGCUGGCUGGGUGGCUGGGUUAUCUAUCAUUGGGGUGUCCGGCUGUUCCCGUGUAAGCUGGCUGAGUGGCUGGGUUAUCUAUCAGUGGGGUGUCCGGCUGUUCCCGUGUUGCUGGGUGGCAGGGUUAUCUAUCAGUGUGGUGUUCGGCUGUUCCCGUGUUGCUGGGUGGCAGGGUUAUCUAUCAGUGUGGUGUUCGGCUGUUCCCGCUCUUUUCACUUGCUCACAUUUUAUUAAUAUUUGUAUAUUUUUGUCUUUGUUAUCCACAGAUUCAAGACUUGUGAAACUGGAUCAUAUUGAAAGCAAAGAUGUCCUUUGUAAUUUUUUUACUUCUGUUCGUCCAUAUAGUUUCCCUAAUUUUAGCGAAAUGUAGCUUAUUGGAACUAACCUCUAACAAUUAUAUUAGCACUUUGCAUCCUGGGAAAAUCUGUCUGCUUUACUUCACUAAAUCAGGUAAGAUCGCUUUCUUCUUAUUGGCAGAUCUCACAUGGGAGCAUGCAGCGUACAGGAGGGAGCCAAACGUAGAUCCAUAGAUAUUGGAGAACUACAAUUUCCAUCAUGCUUUGCCAGCCUUUAGAAUGCAAAGCAUAGUGGAAGUUGCAGUUUUGUGACAUGUGGGGAUCUCCAUUCGCUCACCCCUGCCAUACGCCAUAUACACUACUUAUGGCGGCUGCAUUGGGUUUAGCUGUACAACCUUAGUAUUCACCAGGAUUGUUAGAAUCCAUUCUGUCGUGUUAUUACACAAACUGAAAUAAGAGGUGCGCUUUAAAAAGGAAAUCUACAUCACAUGGAAAUAAAUACUUAGGCAAAAGCCAACGUCUGACUAUUUCAAAACACGCUCCCAAGGAUAUAAAAGGAAAGAUUACAGAACUAUAGUGUGUACCGUUCUAAUCAUGUAUCUAACUAGAUGGAAAAAACAGAUAACAUUUGUAUCCUGUAAUACUUUUCUUAUUGGACUAACAGAAUUUUUUGAUAACAAGCUUUUGGGAGAACCUCCCUUUCUUAAGUGCUUCUGAUCAAGAAAUUCUGUUAGUCCAAUAAGAAAGGUAUUACAAGAUACAAAUGUUAUCUGGUUGGUUGUUUUUUUACAAAUUAUGACUUCCAUGAAAUUCCUGAACCCCUGAACCGAUCGGGGUUAUUGUUUGGAUAUGUUGUUCAGCCAGAUCGGGGCUAUCAGGGGAUGUAACUUUUGUGGGGUUUUGUUAAAAUGUUUGUUUUCUGUGCCUGGAGAUAAUUGAAUUUAAUACAGUGGCUGACUCCAUUAUCUCCCAGGCAUAGGGGAGGAUUGAUCUAUUUUGCAUGGGACUGUCCUGGACCUGAGAGCCAAUUGUGUGUGUGUGUGUGUGUGUGUUUUACUGUAGUCUACUCUCAGGUCCAGGGUGGAGUACCACUUGCAUGUGGACCUGCAUAUAAGGUCAGUUGUGGCUACCAUUAAACGGAGAUUCGUUUUACCCUUCAUUAAGCCUAGGAUCAUGUUUGGGGAUUGGAGAGUUAUAUUCACUCUGGGCAUUUCUAUAAUCCCUAUACCCCCUUGGAUCACAACAAUUGCUCUUGUAAGAGCAGCUGGCUUUGCUGUCUGGACUAGGAGAGGUCUAUCCAAUGGAAGCUGGAUCCUGGUCUUGGGUCCAGGGUGGGUGGAGCACAGCGAGACCCCAACCAUGCUGCGGCGGUUUGUGGGGUUUACGGUGCUUAUGGGGCUCGCAAGUACUAGGAAGCAGCGAUUGACUGAGGUAGCCAGUUGGGGUGCCAGGCGGUCCAUCACAGCAUGUAUCCAUCAAUCUAUAUAUGUGACUGUGUAUCUAUCUGUGUAUGUUUCUCUGUCUGUCUAUAUAGUGCUACCUCUAUUUGUCAUGGAAACAUUCAGAACUGUGAUUCUUUCAUUCCACCGUCUCCUGCAGACACUUCUUUUUUCGAGGAACUUGGUGAUUCUGUGGACGCUCUUCACGAUUACGGCAUUUCGGUGGCCAAGGUAAGUGUGUAUUUAAAUUCAAGGUCAGUGAGAAGAACUUGACUACGUUUGUCUUACUAUUCAUGACACCAAUAGUCUAGUCAUUCCCAGAAUAUCCUGUGUAAUGUUAAUGGCCACUGGGUUAGAGGCUCAUUGAAUUUAUUUGCCACUGAAUUCGGAAAUUCCUUUCCUCGCUCCCACAUUAAAAGAUAUGCUUUCCAACACUAACAACAGCACUAUUAUGGGCUUGCUGAUAAUUUAAACGGUCAUCAACUAUGACUGCACUCUGCUCCUUCUCUGUCUGCACUGAGGGUGGUUUAUGGAGAGAGAGAGAGAGAGAGAGAGAGAGAGAGAGAGAGAGAGAGAGUGUGUGAGUGAGUGUUUUGAGGUGACUCAGUCGGUGCACUAACCCUCCUAAUUUAUUACACAAUGAGGCUCGACCCUUCUCUAGCACUUUUUAUUCAUUCUGUCUCCCUCUCUGGCAUUACUUCUUAUUAAAAUAUUCAGCUUCUCUGGUUGGUGUCUUUCCUGAUCCCUUUAAAUCAUCUCUGUCCUCUGCUUGUUUUUGGCUUUACAUUCUUCAUUCCCUGUGUAUCUUAAUGAUUGUACUCCCUCCAUUACUUUUUAAAUUCUUUUUUUAUUUGUGCAGACGAUUAACAAGCAUGUUUGCUUUGCCACAAUAGCUGGAGCAAACCGGGUGGUACAAAUAGAAAAACAACUGUAUGGCAUUGAUAGCUUUGCAUAUCUUUUUUUAAAUUGGGUAAUCAGGAUGAACAUAUAUGGCUUAACAUUGUGAGGUGCUUGUUUGGAACAGAUUGCUUAAUAAGUAAGCUUGUGAGGCAGACUUAAGUUAACGGUACAUAUUAGCUAUCAGAUACGCAGAUUGCACAUAACUUAGAUUAAGGCUAGAUCGGUAUAGCACUGUGUGUGAUAGACAGACACAAUAUGAAAUAAUAGCAUUUUGGCCCCUCCAUUACUUAUUUAUGUUGGCUUUUUUUUUUUGUGCGGCUUUCAAUAUCUUAGUUCUCCUCUGCCAUAACGGCUGCUGUUUUUCUCCUUCUGUGGAAUUGAUUUUACUGAUGGAUUUUUGUCCCGUUUUGUCAACUUGAUUGCUGUAAAUAAGAAAAAGUAAUUCCUGCUUUUAUUUAUAUAUUUUAUGAAACCUCAGGUGUUAAGGGAAAAUAAAUAAAAAGAGAUUCAGAUAGAGGGAGAUAAGACAGAGUUUACAUUUUGUGACAGACCUGCUUUAAGCAUGCAGCCAUUACUCCGAUCCUACAAAACGCUCAGCUACCCCCCACCUCCUGCUGCCCAAACUCUACCCAUCCCAGUUUGUUUUUCGCACUCCUCACUCUAUGAAAUAACUCCGUUUAAGAACUCUUAUUGGCCUUUCCACAUUCACUCACAAUGCCUUUAUCUCUACGUCUCCCAGUGCUCUUUAGUUUAUCUGCUUUUUUUUUGUUUUUCCUCCUCUCUGCAACUGCUCGUUGAUGUUCUCCAUCCCCUAUGAUUCCCAUUUGUACUGCCUCCCUUCAUAAAUGAAUUUGUUCCUUUUGCCUACAGUAUGAUGUUUAUACUGACACUCUCCAUCCCUUUUGACGUGUCUCCUGCUGCCUGUGUGCCAUUUCUAAAUAAAUAUCAACUCCGUUUCUUAAACUUAAUCUCUUAACACAGAAAUUUUCGUCUUCCUAUCACUAUGUCUGCCUCCCUCCAGAUCACUCGUACUAUUAUUAACCUUACCCAAUGGGCUCUCACAGCCUUAUAUUCUGUUAUAUCAUAACCUCUCCUUUACUCCUUCCAGUCAUUAGGGCCUUUCACCUUUUAAUUUAUAGCUUGUAUCCACCCAUCUGAAAUCAAAUGCAUUGAAGGACUCCUCAUGCCACAAUCCUUCCCCAUGUGGGGAUAUUUAUGGGAUAAUAAUAGUAAACAGUUGAGAAUUGCCCACUAAUUUAAUUCUCAGAUCCCAAAUAACGUUUAUCGUAAGUGAAAGUAUUUCAUAUAAAUAAUAUCAUAAUUUUUUUUUAUAAAAAUAGAUUUUAUUUAUAAUAAUAAUAAUAUGUAACAUGCGUGACAAUAAUCAAUGAAUAUUCAGUAUAAAAUGAUAUGCAAUACAAAGGAACGGGUAUUACGUUUCAAUGGCUAAAUAGCAUUAUCUGUCAAGACUUAUUUAUGACUAUCUUUAACACAGACUGAAAGUGAAACUUUUCACAGCUAAGAACAGAAUUCUUAAGAAACAGAGUGCAGCGUAAGGUCGUAAAGUUUAGCUGACAGUUAGAAUAACCCUUUCAAUGCUGGCUAGAUCUCCUAGGUAAUCAAGAUCUAUUCUUAUGUAAUUUUUAAAUAAAAUAACAUUUAAACCAGUUCAUUAGUCAUUUCCUGGAACCAUCCAAUAAGAGAAUCUACCAUAUUAUAUAAGCAGAUUUUAAUUUGUCUGAAAGAUAUCUUAUCUUAAUUUAGAGCAAAUCAAUACACCUGGAUAAAACAGCGAUAUGCUAACACGUGAUAAUAUCACAUCAAUAUAUAAUUAUUCUUAAUUCCACCUGCAGAAUGGAAUGUUUAUAACUAUAUAUUCUUUAGUUAACUAAGAUUUCUUAAUAUGGAAAUCUGACCGUGCUUUAUCCAGUCAUAUAUAAUGCUAUUAAUACAUUUUAAUUUAAUUAAUUAAAUGAAACCAGUAUAAUUACCAAAUUGAGUAGAUAUUUCAUCCGAUUGGUAGUCUCAGGAACUUAUUUGGAUGUCUCUCUGCAUGGAGGUGUUGGUUAGAAAGUCAGUAAAUUCUAAGUGUUAGAGUUUUAGGAGUAGAGUGUUAGUCUCAGAUGUUGUCCGAGUUGGAAUCCCCAAACUUCCAAUUCCUCUCUCCUCUCCUUUGCAUAUCUUGCAUCUGCCUCCUCUCGUGUCUCUCUAUCUUCCCUUUGUCUUAACUUUUAAAGGGCCAGACUCUCUGUACGUCAUCAGUUGAUAACCACACCUCUAGUGCUUCUAUUGGGUUAUCUUCCAGAUCGCAAAUUAGGUAUUUGGUCUAUAGAGGGCAGUCUUGUCCCACUAAACAUACCUAUCCAGGAAAGAGUUAACUUUUCCUGGUGGCUAUUUUGACGUCAUUUUGCGUUAUCUUUAUAGUGCCAUAAUUUAACAUUUCAAAGGGUUUCUUAAAUUUUGUCCAGACUUAGCGUCUGCAAUUCCUGCCAUAAUUUCUGAUAUGACAGAUCAUGAACUAAGUUUACCCUUUUCCAUACAAUGGUACCUUAUAUAUAUGUAUAUAUAUACAGUUAAAUAUUAAAUUAUUUAAUCUUCUCUGUCACAAUUGUCUGGGUUUAGAUUUGAUUAUAUUCCUCUUAUCACUUGUUUAUACUAUGCAUUCCUUAGCUCUGGCAAAGUGGCUAGUCUUACAGAAAGAAUUUUGUGUCUUUUUUGUUAACUUGAAAAUAACAAAAUGGAGUCUGGUCUGUUCAGAGUGACUCAGAAUAUACACUUUUAGUUUCUAUCAUAGCACAAAAUGUCUGCCGAUAUCUAUACCCUGACACCCAUAUACAUUGCGGCAGUGCUUUCUCAUUGUCUAAUAUACUCCCAGCUCCAGGUGCUACAGCUUGUAAUAAAUGCUGCCACCAGAUUCCCCUUCCUGUCCUCCUACGCCUCCACCUCUGGCAGUCCUUACAUUGGCUUCCUGUAAGAUUUAGGGCUCAAUUUAAACAUCUUCAUAUUUAACACAGCCAUUGUCUAUUUAUACUCCCUAAUAUAUUGACAGUAUACAGUGUUCCUUUAAUAUACAAUGCUUACAAAAUGGUGAAAUUCCCUUUAAAGCUAACCAUCAAUUAUUGUCACUUGUUAGGUGAACUGUGGGAAUGAAGAUUCUCUGUAUUACUGCACGAAGGAAAUCGCUUGUCUGUUUCGGUAUAGUCCUUUAUUUAUCUUUUAUGAAUCGUCCUUAAAAUGUAAGGAAUUGGACUUGCUAAAUGUUUCAAUCCUCAGUGAUGAUUACUUGUUCUGUUGAAAUCUGAUUGGAUUUUUAAAUAAUUAGCUUGUAUAUUCCUAUUCCUUUUACUCUAAAUAUUCUGACAAUUCUAUUUUCUAGAAAAUAGGAAAAUGCUGAUUAUUAAUAUCUUUUCUCCAUCUAGAGGAACCAAACUUUUAAGGGAGUUCCCUACCGACACCUUGUUUGACGUCAAUGCCAUUGUCGCAAAUGUUUUAUUGUAAGUAAAUGAACAAUGUAUGGCUUUAUUUACAGUAGGUAUCCAUACAUGUACAGGAAUAUAGACCGCCUGUCUGGCUUGGUAGAGUACAGGUUAAGUGUCCCUUGUGCUUGUCCUCCCUCUAUUCUAUUAAAGAAUCCUCGAACCUCUGCUAGUCUUCUGAAACCAGCUGUGCAUGGCUAUAGCUGACAGCAUGUCACCUGUAUGGAUUUCAUUACAAUACACGGAGGGGAGUAUUAUACGUCUUUCUUUACUCCCAUGUUCGAACAUAACUUAAAUGGGAAUACAGAUAAUAUAUAUAGCUGAUUUUAUUUCAUUCUCUGUACAGAUAUUAUUCUUUUCCCGUGUGAAUUGUUCCUCUUGUCUUCUAUGUGAAUCUUUGAGAAAUGCUCAUUUUGGCUCUGUUGAAAUUUCACUGAAAUUUCAACCCAGUAUGGAGAUAUACUGAGAUAAAAAAGUCAAGAAAGGAGGUUAGUGCUAAUAAUAAGAGUGGAUGGGCAGCGGCCUAGCAGAGGGUAACCCUCUAUAGUAAGAAUAGAAAACAACAACAGUAAUGCAAGGCUGCGCCAAAAUGUAUCCAUGUGGAGUACAGAUUGUAAAAAGGCAUAUAAUUAAGACUUCUAAUAGUUUAAAAUAAGAAAAUAGUCCAAAAAUAUUUUAGAAGUUGCACUGUGGCAAUAGAUGUCAUUUAAGGUGCUUUUGGUGAUGGGGUCUCUUCUCUGUCUAUAGUAGUCCUAGUUGAAAAAGCCCUAGUGGCAAAACGCGUAACUGGUUUUAUUAAUUUGUGUAUUUUAUAUAAUUAAAGAUUUUUUUUAGUUACUAUCUGUGCCAACUAUCUUUUUACACACUAUUUUAUUUAUUUUCACCUGGCAUCUAAUUGAUUUUACCACAUGCUUACAAGCCUAUCCGAGGUAGGGAUCAUACCACCAACGCUGUUACCAUAGUGCAGUUGGCCUGCACUACACUUGUAAGUACAUUUUUAUUUAUUUAAACAACUUUUACACCGUGUUAAACAGUGAGCACUAUUAGUUGUUUUUAUAUAUCACUUUUCCUGAGAGUUGGACACCUUUCCCUCCGGAGGACAAUCAUCCAUAUAUCCCAUAAGCGGGGAUUGUUCCGCUGUACGCCUGUUAUACCUGAGCUGGCUAUAGCUCAUUUAAAUGUGAGUGGAAUAUUUAUAUCUUUAUCUCACACUCUCUAUACGAUUGGUCUCUUAUCUUGUGUCUUCCAUAUCACGAGACCAACAGGACUACUAUAAACAGAGAAGAGACCCCAUCACCAAAAGCACCUUAAAAGACAUCUAUUGCCACAGUGCAACUUCUAAAAUCUUUUUGGACUAUUUUCUUAUUUUAUUUCAAACUUUUCUAAGUCUUAUUUAUGUGCCUUUUUACAAUCUGUAUUCCACAUUGAUACAUUUUGGCGCAGCCUUGCAUUACUGUUGUUGUUGAGAUAAAAAAGUGACUAUUUUGUCUCUGAAUAUUUCUUAUUCUUGACCAUGGGGACUGUGACCGUGCUGCUUUAAUCGUGAUUUUAUCUUAAAGAGCAACUGUCAUGCCCAAAACUACUAUUCCAUCUAUACAUUGUGCUAGCAAGUUUGUUUUAUUUUUUUGCAAACUUAUUCGAAAUACAUAUUUAAACUAUAUAUAUAAUUUUUUUUUUUUUCUCCUAAUGAGUCAAUGAAUUCUUAUAAACUCUAUAACGAACAAGGAGAGGAGAAGAGAUGCCCCACAGGCAGUCCUUCUGCUCUCCACCAAUAGCCACCAUAGUGCAUACGCAUGCAAUCUAAAAUUCCUCGUAGGAAUGAAUGGAGGUCAAAUGUGUCCAAUACUAAAUCUCGGAGAAUACAUUUUAUUCUCAAUCUGUUACUAUUUCAAAAUGGUACAGAUUCAUUGCCUAAAAGACAUUCUAGAACAUGCAGAACGAAAAGCCAAAAUAGACUUAAAGGACCACUAUAGUGCCAGGAAAACAAACUCUUUUCCCUGGCUCUAUAGGGUCUCCAGACUGAAGGGGGAGGUAGGGGUUCAAUUCUUGCCUAUCUCCAGCGCUGGGCUCCCUUGGCGCUGGGGACUCUCCUCCUCCUUCCGACGUCAGCUCCGAAUGUGCAUGCGUGGCAUUCAGUCAGUCCAUAGGAAAGCAUUCUCAAUGCUUUCCCAUGGACGCUGGCAUCUUAUCACAGUGAGAAGCGCGGAAGCGCCUCUAGCGACUGUCCGUGAGACAGCCACUAGAGGCUGGAUUAAGCCUUAUGUAAACAUAGUAGUUACAGCAGGCAGGGUUAACCCUAGAUGGACCUGGCACCCAGACCAUUUCAUUAAAGGACCACUAUAGUGCCAGGAAAACAUACUCGUUUUCCUGGCACUAUAGUGCCCCCACCCUCAGGGUCCCCCUCCCGCCCAGCUCUGGAAGGGGGGAAGGGGUUAAAACUUACCUCUUUCCAGCGCUGGGCGGGGAGCUCUCCUCCUCCUUCUCCUCCCUGUCGGCUGAAUGCACACGCGCGGCAAGAGCUGCGCGCGCAUUCAGAUGGUCACAUAGGAAAGCAUUAUCAAUGCUUUCCUAUGGACGCUGGCGUGCUCUCACUGUGAAAAUCACAGUGAGAAGCACGCAAGCGCCUCUAGUGGCUGUCUAUGAGACAGCCACUAGAAAAAAAAUAGGGGAAGGCUUAACCCAUUCAUAAACAUAGCAGUUUCUCUGAAACUGCUAUGUUUAUGAAAAAAUGGGUUAACCCUAGCUGGACCUGGCACCCAGACCACUUCAUUAAGCUGAAGUGGUCUGGGUGCCUAUAGUGGUCCUUUAAGACUCUCAUUUAACAGUUUCAAUUGCUCAAAAAACAAAACAAAAUCUAUUUCGAUUUUCAUGGAACAAGAUCACAAUUCACUUGCUUUCCCUUUGGUCAUUGGCCUUAAUAAGAGCUAAAUUUCCGGGUUCUCUACAUUACAGGGCACUUCAGGGUCUGAAAACGCAAGCUCUGCAUCAAGGAAAAUGUUAUUCUGAUCUCCUAACACUCUAUGAAGCGGCUAGCAGCUAGAACAGGCACCAGUUAUUCUAAUCUAUCAGAUGCCAGCAAAGCUGGCUGGGGCGCACAUUUAUCCAGUAAAGGAAAAUUAUCGAAGGGAAGUUGUACUUCACGUAAGCUUUCUAGAUUUAGUAGUGGGCCUGAAAUGUUUUCAAACACCAUUCGGACUGUUCGGUUAUCGUUCGGAUGGACAAUAUUCAGCUGUUUGUCACGUGAGUUAUUUGGGAGCCUUUCAAAUCAAAGGAUAUAGUGAAUUUGGCCAAAUAAUUUUGGCAAUUUUUGGUUUUGAGCACAAUAUUUGUGCUCCAAUAUGUGCGCAGAUUGUUCCCCUGAUAUGUCAAACACCAUUGCUGACUGGCAUUGGAGAUAUUGAUCAGAUUACAGCAACUGGAACAAUUCCCCUAAAAAUUAGACUUUAACACCUUCCCACGGACGUAUCAGGUACAUCUGGCAAAAAAUGGUCCAUAAUGACCUUGGACGUACCUGGUACGUCCGCAGCUAUUUUGAGCGCUGGAAGCUCUGAUAGUAUUGCAGUGAUGCUCUGCAUGUGCCUUGAGGGGUCCUGGCACUCAGUGUGUGUAUAUAUAAUAAUAUAUAUUAAAAAAAUAAAUAAAUAUAUAUAUUAUAUAUAUAUUAUAUAAAAUAAAUAAAAUGAUCAAUAUUAACCCUCCCUUUCUAAAGGCAGUGAAUCAUGGGGCUUGUGGGGGUGUCCCUAGCCUGCCUCAUCAUAAGGGGCAGGCUGGGGUCAUCCAAUCACAGCUUGCCCCAUUAGCAAUUUCAUCCCAAGUGUGUUCCCCAUUUCUCUGAUUAGUGUGGAUCUGCCUCCCUCUCUUCACUUGUGUUUUAGUGAGAGAGGGAGAGAGAUCUGUGGUUUAGCUAGAGAGAUUUAGGUAUUUAUAGGUAGGGAUUUGUAAAAUCUUGAGACCCAAAGGCUCUUUUCAGAGCCAUUAACCCCUGUCUUGCCAGUGAUCACUAUAAUCACUGGCUCUUGCACAGCAGCACUUUUCUGCUGUUUGUGCAUUUUUUUUAGGGGUUCAUUUUUUUGUGAUUUUUUUUUUUUUGAGACCCAAAAGCUCUUUUCAGAACGAUUAACCCCUGUCCUGCCAGUGAUCACUAUACAGAUCACAGGCUCUUGCACAGCAGCACUUAUUUUGCUGUCUGUUCAUUUUUUUUAGGGGUUAUUUUUUUUUUUUUUGUGACAGGUCACUAAGUAAAGUGAUUGUGAUCAUGUCACAUGGGUCACGGAAGUCAACCAGCGCUGAGCAGUCAUAUGCCACCCUUGCGCUAGAGUCUGACGCGUCUAUGUCAGACUCUGACCCUGAUUUUGACCCAGCCAGGUGCUCAGAUACAUCAUCACUAGAUACAGUGUCUGCUGCUAGUGAUGUAUCUAGUGAUGUUGUAUCUGUGCCUGCUAGUCCCCCUGCCAGAAGGAGACGUGCUGCUCCAGCUGGCAGAACUGCUGAGGAGUGGGUAGUGCCUCAUCGCCAGAGGCCAGACAUCCCAUCCUUUACUGCAAAUCCUGGCAUUAAUUUGGAUGUCACAGGAUUUAGCUCUCAGCAGUUUAUGGAGGUGUUUCUGGGCGAUGAUGUAUUGGGGAACAUUGUCGCCCAAACUAAUUUAUUUGCCCAUCAAUUCUGAGCUACAAAUCCCGACUCUUCUUUGGCAAAGCAGCAAUGGGCCCCCAUCGAUGUGCCAGAAUUUAAAAGAUUCUGGGCAUUGACUAUGCUGAUGGGCAUCAUAAAGAAGCCCUCCAUCCGCUCCUACUGGAGCAGUAGCCCCAUCUGCUCUACCCCCAUUUACUCCCAAUGUAUGUCGAGGAAGAGGUAUGAAAUGAUUCUGCAUUUCAUGCACGUCAGCGACAACAGCCUGUGUCCCCCUAGGAAGCAUCCCCAGUUUGACAGGCUGUAUAAAAUCCGUCCCCGGAUUACCCACUUCGCUGCCAGGUUUGCAGAGGCUUAUACACCUGGAAGGAAUAUAUGCGUGGAUGAAUCCCUGAUGAAGUAUAAGGGAAGGCUGGGAUUCAAGCAGUAUGUUCCUUCCAAGCGCUCCAGGUAUGGUGUAAAGAUGUAUAAGCUCUGUGAUAGCAAUACUGGGUAUACUCAGGCCUUCCGGGUGUACGAGGGAAAGGAUAGCCACCUUGACCCUCCAGGUUGCCCAGAACAUAUGGGAACCAGUGGCAAGAUUGUCUGGGACCUGAUAUUCCCCCUGAUGAACAAAGGGUACCACUUGUAUACUGACAAUUUUUAUACAAGUGUCCCUUUGUUCAAGCUACUGUACUGUUUUGAUACAAAAAAGAACAGCACAGGUUUCCCAGGACAACUUGCACGCACCCGGCUACGAAGGGGGGAGACCUCAGCUCUGUGCCAAGAGGAGCUGUUGGCAGUUAAGUACAGAGACAAGAAGGAUGUGUACCUUCUUACCAGCAUCCUCACUGUGGGGACUGUGGAGGUCCCUGUACGUGGCAGAGCACAAGGAAGCCAGUGUGCAUCAAGGCCUAUAUUACUAACAUUACUAGCCCCAACUGUGGUUUCCACAAAUGCUGGAGUUGGCAGUAGAUUUUUCUGCCGUUUAUGGAUCUUACUCGUCAUAUAUUGACAAAUCCAGAAAGCAAAGUCUGGUUAAUGUCAGGAGAUCUGCAACAGGUGGAGAACUUGUGAACACAAAAAUCCAGGGCUCUGGGAACUCGAAAAUUGGACCACAGUGUAUGGGCUCUUGUCUAGUUGUUUACAGGAUUACUUAUUAAUCAUAAAUAAGAUGGAGGGGGGCAGGGGCGGACAGUGAGAUAUAACAGACCCUGUAGUAAAUCACUGCCUUUACCUGCUGGGCCUUCUAUGGCCAGUUAACUGCGGUCAGACUGAAAACCCUAAACUGCACUGAGUGAGCCAUCCCUAAACAGCACAAAGUCCAAAUACUGUCAAUAAGCGACACAAGGCCGAACAAUGAGAGCAGUGUCCAGCAGGGGAAGACAGUGAUUUAUUACAGAGUCUGUCACUACCGCUGUGUAAAGUCUGUUGGUCACUUUCUUUUCCUUUCUCUUCUUUAUACUGUGAUUAGUAAUUCUGUGUAUCUGUCUCUCUGUACAGUUUUAUUGUACACAUUAUUAGAUCUGUUUAUUUCUAUUUUAUGUUCGGCUUCCGUUUGGAUCUUUUUAUCUGAUUUAUACAGGGACAAUGUAGACUCAGGUAUCCUAACACUUAAUAUGUUUCUACUUGUGAUGCUACUAUUUAGGAAUAAAGCAAGAGUUGUUGUUGUUGUUGUUAUUAUUAUUCUUUCCUUCGUGUCUUUAAUAAAAUCAUGACUUUUCGACAACCCUGGCCAACAGCUUUUUGUUUAUUAUUUUUUCUCCUACGCCUGCGGUCUGUGUGUCAGAUGCAGUAUGGACAAAUGUAAUGAUGUAUAUAAAAAAAAAAAAAAAAAACCCUCUCUGUCUCAUUAGAGAUCUUUGCCAGAAGCUCAAGGAAGCAAGGUGAAGGGUCAGAGUAGGACCCGCUUAGUGGGGUCAGCCUUGACGUUGGCCAUUGGAGCAACUAAAUUACCUCCAUUUGUCUAAAUAUACAUAGGGAUUAAGGAGAGAGCGCAGGUAACUUUUUUCUUUUCUUUGGUUUUUACUAUAUAUUGGGGCCCAGUAGUGAUGGGAGUGAGUGCAGGACUUCUCUUUUUGUAAAUGUCAAUGAUUACCUUCACUGUGUGUAUUGUAUAUUGUAAAGGUAACCUAACACUCACAGCUACUCUGUUUCUUUCAGUGUCCUGCUUUAUAAUGAAAUGAAAUAUAUAACGUCUACCUCAGAGUUUCAGGACAUAGAGAGCAACAUGAAAGGAAAAAAAGACGUGGUUUUCGUCUAUGUGCGAGCUAUCGGCAUACCAGGUAGUGAGAAUCUUGUUGCUGCUAUUCAUGAUUCUUUGAUUUUUGUGUUUUAGCUGUGUGCCUGAAAGGUGAGUUGUUAGUCUGUAGCAGCCUCCUGUCUGUGACUAAAGUUCAAUUGGCUAAGCAGGGAAGCAUAACAUCUAAAAUAAACACAGUGUGCUGUAAAAUCUUUGGCCACAGAAGGAACGGUACGCCUUAUAAAUAUACUGCAGUAUAACCUCAUUGGCAGACUCCAUUCACGUCUGCUGCUUACAUUUAGAACCUUUUUACUUUAUCUCCAUCCCCUAAUUACUAAAUUCUGUUAAAUCCUUUUUACCAUUGCGUUGGGGAGACCCAUGCAUUCCCAGACUUUGACAAUCACAGUUCUGAACAACACUGAGAAUUGAGGGAUUGGAAUGAUUAAUAUGUGCAUUGAGUGGACUCCCAGCCCAAAACUAGUCUGUCUUGAAAUGGGGAUUCAGCCUGCACAGAAAGUACAUGACAUUCUACAUUGAAUACCAUCAGAACUGACCUGACAUUCUGCUAUUCCAUUAAAUUUAUAGUGUAACGUUAAAUGAACGGCCGUAUUUUGUAUCUCUCUUGCAAACUUUUAGUGGUGGUGUAGGGGUGUACAGAUUGCUAUACACACAUUUAUUAUGAUCACAUCUUUUUCUGUACCCUCCUAGAACAUGCAGUUCCAUCAAUAUUUAACUUGGAAUGAUAUUGUCCGAUAUCUUUCUGAUUUUUUUUUUUUAUUUUAUCAAUUAAAGAAAAGGUUGUCUUAUUCUCGUUUAAAUCCAUGAAAUGUCUUGCUGUAUUUCUGUUCUCAGAACACAGAGCUGUCAUGGAAGCCGCCUUUGUUUAUGGAUCUCUAUACCAGUUUGUGUUAACGACUGAAACUUCUUUACUGGAAAAUAUAAGGUAAGUUUGUAUUUCAGGGGGAUAAUUCUUUUCAGGUGGAGAAAUGUAAAAGCAAUAUGUGCUAGAUCUGAUUGAGAGACUAGUACAGGUUUCAGUGACUAUAUUGUUGGUUCUCGGCAGUAGAUUAACUGGGGGGAUGUGACCCCCAUGCAUAGAAUUGAAUUUAUUAAACGUAAUAUGGAGGUGCUAAAUAAAUAGGGAGUCAAGUAAGUCAUCCUCAAAAUUGUAAUUAUUUAAUCCUAUAAAUAAAGUACCAUAAAAUGUCAACUGCGAUUAAACACAAAUAACAUAAAUUCUAGUAUCCUGUGGUUUUAUUCUUAAAGGGACACUCCAACUUGCCGUGUGUGUAUAUAAUCGGAGUCAUGCAUGGUUUCCGUCUGUUCUAUAAUAAAUCUGCCUAGGUUCCUUACUCGUGUAAUGUUCUAUUCACAUUCCUCUUGAUAUCUCUGCCUUGAAUUUGAAGGAAUGGCAGAUUUGUUUAAAGACCGAAUCGGGAAAAUGUUUCCCAUUUUAGUUGAUCUCCCUUUUGGUACAUUUCCACGUUUUCCAGAUUAGCGAAUAAACAGCAUAGUCAUUUAAGGAGGGAUGGCACUACCUCCACAGCAACAAUGGAAAACGUAAUACUAUAUAUUCACCACAACCACUGUCACAUAAAGUACCUUGAAACAAGAGCUGGCCAGCGCUGGCUUGGAAGACCUCAUUAAUAAGCUGCAUUUGAGUAUUACAGUGUUUUUGUGGCAGGGUACGAUUUCCACUUUCUAACCGUUACAAUUUAAUUUAUGAAUCUUGUACCCCAGUCAUCUAAUGUAAAAUGUUUAAUUCCCUGAUAUGUUCCCACAGCCUAAUUGUAUGAUUGAGCUCAUAUAAAGACUGUCUUACUCAAACUCCUCCAGCAGAGGUCGCUGCUCUGUUUAUUUAAAUAGGAUUCAUAAAGGUUUCUCUCGUUUUGCAGGAAUAUUCAGUGAGGGUUUGCUUCUCUGCAGCCAUUUGGCGACAAGUUGGUAAUCGCUAAAAUGGCCGCUGCUGGCGAUUACUGUCUGUUUCCAUGCUAAAUGGUAAAACCACCAUCUGUGACUUACUAACAGAAACCUAUUCUAGUUUCCACCUAGAAACCUAAAUCACAUUUAUUCCACCAGUUAUCACCUGCUGUCCUUAGUAUUUUCAAUAUAUAGUUAUUUCUUCUAUUUUCCAUUUGCAGCCGUGGAAGAUCAGACUUUGUUCCUGCAAAGCUCAUUUAUUGUCAUUGCAAAGCAGUAACGAGCCCGACCCACGAAUGUCAGAGAUCUUCAUCCGAUCAGCCUUUGAGUACCUUGAAUAUCCAUCGCUUUCUGAAACUCAUGAAUGCACCGCUUGUUGUACGUAUGGAACUUCGAACACUGUCUGUAUCGUUUCCUGGAGGGUAAUCUCGUACAAACGUGGUGCCAGCACCACCCCUGGGGCUACAACACUGACAGGGUCAUUUACUAAAAUAUGAAUUGUUGGAAAUCAAGCAAAAUUCAUUUUCUAUUUUUAUUUAUUUUAUUUAUUGCUUUUACAUUUUUACAAAAUACACAAAUUACAUUAGUAGACAUUUAGUAUAGUGUCACAUACUUUAUAUCAGACAUGCAGAACAGGUCACUGGCCAGCUGGGGGUGUUAUUUAGAAGUAUUUCUAGCUGGUAUUUAAAUAGUGGGAUUAUUCAAUCAUGCACAAUUUAACAUUUCAGAAGUAGUUGAACUAGAAGAAUAGUUGACGUGGAGAUUUUUUUUCAAGUUGAGCUUUUUUGGCUCUAAAUUUCAAAUUCCCUUUGAAUUCCCAAUAAUUGUCACUUUAGGUAAUAACCCUGUAUGUGGAGAGUUUGUAUCAUUAAUCCCAUGAAAUGAAAGCAGCUUUGAUAUCCAGAUAAUACGUAACAAAUUCUGUAAUGCAAUCUAUACAUGGGCUAGUGAGUGUUCAAAGAAAAUAUACAGUAAACAUUCUAUUUACGAUAAGUCGCCAUGUUACACUCAGAUGUGGCUGUGCGAACCCAUGUGAUCUCACUCCAUGUGCUCGGCAUUGUGGGAAUCUGCACUGAGCAUUGUGGGAGGAGAUGAUAUUUAAAAGAAGAAAAACUACCACAACAAGAGGACAGAGGUUUAAAAAUAAUAUCAGGAAGUAUUACUUUACUGAGAGGGUAGUGGAUGCAUGGAAUAGCCUUCCAGCUGAAGUGGUAGAGGUUAACACAGUAAAGGAGUUUAAGCAUGCGUGGGAUAGGCAUAAGGCUAUCCUAACUAUAAGAUAAGGCUAGAGACUAAUGAAAGUAUUUAGAAAAUUGGGCAGACUAGAUGGGCCGAAUGGUUCUUAUCUGCCUUCACAUUCUAUGUUUCUAUGUGACCUCACUCUGUACUGUGAACAUGUUAGAGCUAUUCUAUAACAAAACAUUUAAAUUGACUUGUAAUUCAGCAAUGAAACAGGCCAAUCUGCUCACAAUGUCGUUAAAGGACCACUAUAGUGCCAGGAAAACAUAAUUGUUUUCCUGGCACUAUAGUGCCCUCAGGGUGCCCCCACCCUCAGGGUCCCCCUCCUGCCGGGCUCUAGGGAGUGGAAGGGGUUAAACUUACCUCUUUCUUCAGCACCAAGCGGGGAGUUCUCCUCCUCUCCGCCUCCCUUCCUCCUCCUCUGCUGCAUGCGCGGCAAGAGCCGCGCGUGCAUUCAGCCAGUCUCAUAGGAAAGCAUUCACAAUACUUUCCUAUGGACGCUGGCAUCUUCUCACUGUGAUUUUCACAGUGAGAAGCACGCAAGCGCCUCUAGCGGCUGUCAAUGAGACAGCCACUAGAGGCUGGAUUAACCCUAUUAUAAACAUAGCAGUUUCUCUGAAACUGCUAUGUUUAUAGAAGAAAGGGUUAAUCCUAGCUGGACCUGGCACCCAGACCACUUCAUUAAGCUGAAGUGGUCUGGGUGCCUAUAGUGGUCCUUUAAGCAAUAUUUAAUCAAGGCCUCAUAGAAAAACAUUUGGGAUAUACAGCGUGCGGGAGGUCAACAUUGAAAGAUCCUUGGCCACCUUGUAGCACUAGCAUUGGAGUUCACACAGGACCAAGUGCUGCACUCUGACUGACACGGCUACAAACUCCACCUUAAAGCUCUGCAGGGAGCAACUAAAGAGCAUGUAAUGCUGCAGGGACAUUAUUAGAGCACCACAAUCACUUUAGAAGUCCUUUUUAAAUGUUACUGUAACUAGUAUCUCCAUCUGGGGGAUCCACUGGGAUUUAUUUUUAUUUUUUUUAUAAUUCUUUAUUUUUGUAGUGCUUGUUUCUGACAAUUUUUAUUGUUUUUAAUAUUAACUAGGCUGAAGUGUCUGGAGAUCCUGAUAAAUUCACCAGUGUUCAUAUCCAGCUUGGCCUACCACUGGUCUUCAUUGUCUGUGAGAAAGAGACGUAUGACGCAGACAGAGAAACCGCAGAACAUGUUGCCUGGCAGCUGCUGGGGAAGGCGGGGGUGGCAACAUUAUCUAGGUAUUUACGGUAUAUGUAAAUAUAAAUAUUGAAUCCCACGAUGAAGAGCCCUCAAUGGACUUUUCUGCUGUUCAGUUUUAUUUAUUAACAUACUUUUCACAUCGAUGUUUCAACCCAAUCCCAGAAUUCCCUGCUCACUUGUCUUUUCUGCUAUUCAGUUUUAUUAAUUAAUACAUUUUACAUAUCGAGGUUUCCGUCCAAUCCCAGAAUUCCCUGCUCACCGGGCUUUUCUGCUGUUCAGUUUUAUUAAUUAAUACAUUUUACACAUCGUUUCCGUCCAAUCCCAGAAUUCCCUGCUCACCUGGCUCUUCUGCUGUUCAGUUUUAUUAAUUAAUACAUUUUACAUAUCGAUGUUUCCAUCCAAUCCCAGAAUUCCCUGCUCACCGGGCUUUUCUGCUGUUCAGUUUUAUUAAUUAAUACAUUUUACACAUCGAUGUUUCCGUCCAAUCCCAGAAUUCCCUGCUCACCUGGCUUUUCUGCUGUUCAGUUUUAUUAAUUAAUACAUUUUACACAUCAAUGUUUCAGUCCAAUCCCAGAAUUCCCUGCUCACCGGGCUUUUCUGCUGUUCAGUUUUAUUAAUUAAUACAUUUUACACAUCAAUGUUUCAGUCCAAUCCCAGAAUUCCCUGCUCACCGGGCUUUUUUGCUGAAACACGGCUUCUUAAACCAAAACGAACAACAUGGCGCUAGCUCUGAUCAACGAGUUGUACGCUUUCUGUCAAUAUUUCUGGAAAUAUGAUUUCUUAAACUUACUGAUGCUUGCUUGAUGACAGAUCUACUUGAAUAGGUGCCUGCAGUAUCAUUAGAUCUGUAUAUGGGAUCCUACAGUCUAUGUAAGCAGAUUCACCCUGACAAGAACAGCAAGACUAGAAGAUUCCGAGUUUUGUAAAGCAAUUCAUGUAGUAAGAGCUCAUUUAUUUAUAAAGGUUAAUAUUCAUACUUAUCUGUAAAAGAUCAAGGUUUUGGAGAAAGAGAGAACCAUUUUAGAAUGAUAGGUCAUUUAGUAAUGGAAUUCGUAGAAAAAGAAGCAAAAAAUGACUGACACUUCUAUAUGUACUGCGCGUGUUAGUGUGUGUGUGUGUGUGUGCACCUGCAUGCCAAGUUUUGUGUCUUUAUUCAGGUAACAUUUAUAGUUUUAUUUAUUUAUUUUUGUAGCCCAAUUCUAGAUAAAGUUCUGAAAGUGGAGCAGUUAUUGGUUUCCAUGGUGACUGCUCACUUUAGAUCUUAUUCAUUAUCCCCAAUUUGUGUAACUCUUGGUUUGACAGCUGAGGGGGUCUUAGGACACUAGGGAGGUCUAGAAUGUUUCUGUAUAUAGGGAAUCAUGCUAAUUCGUUUUCUGUAUUAAGGGACACGUCUGGCCCAUACAUCCCGGGAAAUGUUAAUGUGGGUGUGAAGACUGUAGAAGAGGUAGGUGAUUUAGUAACUGUAACCCUUUCUAUGCUGUACUGCAGAGCUCCUGUCACCUUACCGAUAAUCCAGGAGCUGCCAGCAUUUAGGCUAAAAACAAUCCAAUACAAUGGCACCAUGUUACAAAUGGUUAUUUCCCUCCCUGUGCUGUGUAUUUGCAUAAAAUACUGAAUAAUGAUGCCACAUGAAUAACUGGACGUUCUCUUCCUUAAAAGGAUGUUCCCAUCCGAUACUUGCUUCUAGACGAAUCCCAGGAAAUAAUAGACCUCAUCGAAAAUACUAAAAACCAGAAAAAUGAGGAAUCUGCAGAAAAACACAUCCAUGGCGAUCAAGGUAAUACUUGAUAGAGCGUUUUCUUUUAUCUUUCAGGAUAUUUGUUAGAAAAAACAAAUCUGCUGUAGCUCUAAAAUUAUUAUUAUUAUUAUUAUUAUUAUUAUUAUUAUUAUUUGUAAACUUUUUAUGAUAGCAUUGUGUGCACCCCUGGCAGUUAAUUGGCCUUUCAGAGACAGCACUAGCAAUUUAGGAGCCCAGACUAAAGUGCUUCAUCUUCGCAAGCUUCCCAUGUGCAGGUAUGUUCCUCUGAACACUGCCAAGAUUAGAGCACGAUUGGGUAUUCGACAACUCGGCUAAUAGUCACUGCUCAUCGGUAAUAACCAUCUAUGAAACACAGAAAUCCAAUGGAAUAAAGAAAAAUGAGCUGAUUUGAGCUAUAAUCAGAGCCUUUCUGGUUUUGCCUAAAGUUUGUAAUUUGAUUUUUGUUCAAUUCAGGUUUAGUGAAUAAACCCAGCAGUGUUAUUAUACAGAAUUCAAUCCGAUCAGUUAGUGGAGCAUUCGUGGAAAGCUUUUGAGGUGGAUCACAAAUACUGUGUCAUCCUGGAUGGAUCUACAUUUAUUAUCGUCAGUAAUUUACAUUCAACAGAACCGUCCAAUUCAGAUUAGUAUGGAUCUACAAAGUCUACACCGGUCUAGUGUCCGCCAUUCAGUUUAGAAGAUCCUGUGUUUACUUUACGUGUUGUCUGUAUGUAGUCAUAAGUUUGAGAAGACAUUCCAUGCAAUAUGCCAGUCAUAGAAUAUUUGUAGAUAACUGGAAAACCAUUUAAAGUUUCUAUUUCUUGUCAUCAUUAAUUGAUUGAGUCAGUGUCGUUGUAUUCUUAUGUAUAUACUGUGUGUAAAUAUUUAACCUUGGCAUUCUUCUCUCUCCCGUAGAGACUCAAGAUGACGAAGUAGCUGAAGCUGUAUACAGAGACAGGAAGCGGGUGCUGCCCCUGCACUUAGUCCCUUCCCUAACAGCAGAAACAUUCAGGAUGAUGGUGACCAGCAAACCUCACUCAAUGGUUCUGUUUUACGCCAGCUGUACGUAUGUUCCCUAAAUCUUUCUAUCUGAAAACACAAUGAAAUAAUAAUCUGCUGCUUUACUGCUUGAAACAGUCCCUUUCCUGGUGGAAAUAUAAGAAAAAUUAAUGUGAACUGGUUACCAUGGAAACAAUGCAUUGCCCAUUUUUUUUCUAUAAAUGAAAUGGUUUCCCUUUAUAAUAUUAAUGGGAUAAACCAGACCAUCUAAGAAUAUUACUAAUUUUUCCCAGUUAUAUCUGGAAUAUCGUGUAAAAUAAUGUGUCUGAUCACAUGCAGGUUGAGAAAAAAAAAAACGUAAUGCUAAGCGUUGGCAAAUACUGGGGUCUAGAUUUACAAUGAUCAUAGAUUGGGUCAACUGGAUGAAGUGAGUAAAUGGGCCACCGCCUGUGGCAGCAUGGUAGGUAGCCCUCCAGUUAGAAAUUGACAGUAGUUACAGGUAGGGACUGCCUCCGCAUCCUAGGCCAUCCAAUUUGGUAGGAUGCAAAGAGAGUCCCAACACUGGAGCUUCCUUUGCAUUGAACUUCUUCAGUACCACUCAGUUACAUUCCACAAUUCCUUAUCAUGGAGUAGCCGGGUGACAUGUCCCAGCAAGACCCUCCAUCUCAGGGUGGCUCGAGAGGACAAGGAGAUGCCCUCAAAGUUCUACGGGUCUGUGCUUCUGGCCACUCUCAUUAUGGCUAACUUAUUUUCCUAAAAUACAGUCGAUUGUUUUAAGGGUUGGUACCUACCCGGACUUAUUGCCGGGUGACCAUUCCACCACUUAAAUACUGAAUUAGUAGGGCGACUUAUUGUGAAUUUGCGUUCUUUUACCAUCUUGUUUGGUUAAAUAAUGCAUACUAUAAGACACUGUGACAUGACUAUUAUCUUCUUGUCUCUGUGUUCUACUUCCUUAAACCCAGUACCUCUGUGUAAGCUUUAUUUCAGGAACUCUGCCAGUUUCUGUAUUUAAUGCAAUAUUGAACUCUUUUGUUGCUUUUUUUUUUUUAUGGAGACCUGUGUGUCCCGUUACCUGCUGCUUUGUUCAGUUUUAUACUCCUUGAAAAUUUUCUGUAAAUAAUGAAAAUUUUACAAAAAAAACAAAAUUAUUUACCAUGUGGGACAGGUGAAUAAUGACGUCACAGGAGCAUUUGGACUUCGCUCCUGGUAAGUUGGAGACUGUAAAGAGCCCACCUGAAUGGUGGCAGUAGCAUGGCGCAAUAGCCUGGCCGUGAAUAAACGGUUGAUAUAAGUUGGCAAGUUGGCAGCAGUGAUAGUCAGGAAUGCCUCGGAUCUUAAUGUGUUUGUGGCGACUGCCAUGCCCACAAGUCCCCUGAAGGCCAGAUCAGGUGUCAGUCGUUUCAGUGUGGUUCUGCUUUCACACGGCCUCCAAAGUAGUGUAGCUUUUUCCGGACCUUUCCCACCUCUGUCGCUAAUAGUUGUUUCAGCUUCCUAAGAAUAGUCUUAAUGUCUCUUUCUGGAGGGGCUCCCAACUGCUUAAAACCGCUUCCCAUGAUGGUAAUUAUCGGAUCGUGUAAAUAAAGUGGCAGUUACUUUAAUAAGAAUAGACUUUGGGAAAGCUGUAGGCUGGAGCUCACUUGUGGCACGGCUUGUCAGCCACAGUACUCGCACCGUCCCCUGUGUUAUGGCAUUUUAUGAUUCACAAGGCACUAGGAUGUUCUGCAUCACAUGGCAAUAUAAACUGGAAAAUGACAAGUUAAACUCCAUCACAAAAUUAAUUGCUAACCCUAAUGUUCCCCUCUCCCCCCCUACCAAAUAAAUCUAGGUAUAAAGUAAAUAUGUAAUGACAGCAGUUUAGCGUUUUUAUUUUAAUUAUUGCCACUAUGUUUUUAAUCUGUAAAUGUUUUUUAAACUGUGAUUAUUAUCUUCCCAUAAAUGUGAUUAUAUAUAUAUUUUUUUAUUUUUUUUUCUAAGGGGAAACUGUAUCGCUGACAUUUCUGCAGUCCGUUCUACAAAUGGCUGAAAAAUAUAAAGGUUUGUAUACUUUAUGCCUGUGGUUCAACGUCUUUACAAUUUCAUUAUAUUCUAUCAAUCCAAAGGGAUUAUUUUUAACCCUUCCAGCAGAAAGCCUAUUGUUGAUUGUAGAUGGCAUGGCAGGGUUCAGGGAUUGUGGUCCUAAGAAGUGUCCCUGAUUUGGGCCGACAGAGUGAAGUGCUGCACAGACAUUGGUAAGAGGUCCAUUUUGACCCAGCACAGUGCGCAUAGGAUCUAGGGAAUGCAUAGCAUGCUUUUGAUAUGGUAGCAAAUCCUGACAUUCACUGCAUCACCUGGGACCUAGACUGAAGUCUGUAACAGCACAAUCACAGGCCUCCUCUCCCUCACCACCAUAACACCAGGAUUUGUUCCUCCAUUCUAAAAUGGUGUAAAUGGGAAAGCCUCACAGAAUAUACUUCACACAAUGUUAGCGGGGCACUUGGUUCACUGAUUGCAGGAAUCUCCGACAUCUGUAUCAUGAAAUGGCUUUGUUCUAAAUAUAUAUAUAUAUAUAUAUAUAUAUAUAUAUAUAUAUAUAUAUAUAUAUAUAUAUAUAUAUAUAUAUAUAUAUAUAUAUAUAUAUAUAUAUAAUUCGCAACUGAACACCAGCUACUUGUGUCAGUGCUCUAAUUGCUAAAAAACAGCUAACGUAUCAAGAGAGACUCCAGGGGUCUGGGUCCUAGUGUGACUCCUAAUAUUAUUUAAGUAUUUCCGUUCAGACUACUGUCUGAUUUGUCUCUGACAUUGUGAUAAGCAUUGUGUUUUUCUUUAUAUAUUUUUUCUCUAUUGUUGUAAUAAUAUUAAUAUAUCCAAACCAGUAUGCUGCACGGAGGCCGAUGAUAAACCGAAUGCAUGUGGCAGGAUGCUUUUUGCCAGUUAAUUGAUAAUUGGAAGAACUGUUUGCCCGCUGGAAGCGUUAGUAGCUACUGACAGUUUAAAAAAAAAAAAAAAACCUUGUUGAUAAGACGGUUAAUUAUGUGAGUGCCAUAAGAACCGUAUGAAGACCUAUAUUGCUAUAAUGGAGGUUGUAAAUCUGUGCCCCCAACUUCCAUCCGGCGGGUGAUGCAUAUCUGUUAAACAAUAAAUAGUAAUGAUGAGUUGAGGCCUGUAAUAUAGCAGGGGGUCAUAGUCUCACCAAUGGGCAUUGAGUGGGGGCUACUUAAAAUUUAAAGGUGAGGGGGAAAAUGUUUAGACUUUUUUUGUUUGUUUUUAUCCAGGUUCUGAGUUGCAGUAUCCGUGCCUAGAUUUAAUUCAUUCGAUACAGAUUUCAGCCGUCCAGCGGCGUUUGGUUCGGCUGACAUCCAGCCAAAAUUAGACUCGUUCGAGGCCUCCAUUAUAAAAUCCAGACAUCGAUCAAUUCCAUCAGCAACGUCUGGAUUUUGCAGUCCGAAUGGCAUUGUAUGCAGUGAAUGGUUUUACCCCAUUCAGUCUUUAGUGAAUCUAUAUAUUAAUAAUUCUUUGUAUGUGUGUUUAAUUUCAAUAUCAGUCAUGGAGUGCAGUAAUAUUUAAGCAUAUUGUGUAUGUAUAUUUUUUUAAAUAUAUUUUUGACCAUAUUAAUAACGUCACAAGGAAAUUGCUCAUAAAAGACACAAUGUAAAAUCCCUGCUGGCAUUAAAUCUGCAGCGCAGAAUCCUAAUAAGACGAAAACUAGAAUUCAUAAAAACAAAGUAUCUGAAGAAUGUUCUGAUCGUUAUAACCAAAUCCGUGGAGUUUGUUUCCUGAUGACCGCGAUGGGUUUAGUGUUCAGUACGUGCUUGUGAUCUCUGGGUUUCUGCCUUUAAGCAGCUUGUUUAUCUCUAAAAGUGUUAAUUGAAAUUCUUUUUUUACAAGAUUAGCAAAUAUUUAAACCUCCUAGCCAUUAUGCGUGACAGGUUUGCUCUGCAGUAAUUAGACAGUAAGGGCGAGAUAAUCUAUAGAUUUACUGCUCUUGGCUUUUAGAUGCAAAAGAGGAGUACAGUGGAAAUGCCACAUAUUACGCUGACUCCUGUAAUAUUAUCUUACUGACUGCAUGUUUACUUAUUUUAUUUCAAUAUCUCACACUUUUUAAUGUUGCAGGAAUUGUAAUUAAAGGGACACUCUAAAUACCAAAGUAACUUUAGCUUAAAGGUUUACUCCAAGUACCAUGACCAAUUCAGUAAUGUAAAUGGGUCCUGGUAUCUAAAGUCUGUAUGAGCUAUGAAACACUUUACUUACAAAGUUUAACUACUCUGUGGUUGGGGGUGUAACUCCACCUCUGGCAGCGGCAUUGGGAUGUCAUCUGCCAGCCCAGAAGUAGAGUAAAAUGAAUUGUGCAGAAUCUCUCCGCCAAUGAAUGGCUGCGGUUUCUGGCUUGUGCAGCUCUGUAUGAAUUAGACGCAUGUCGCCAAACCACCAGGGAGCCUCUGAACCCAACAGCAACCAUAGUAAGUAAGAGGGGAUACUUAUCUCAACCAAUACAGUGAGCUCUUAAAAGAAUAAGCCAACCAAAAGCCAGAGCUUUGAGAAAACACUGUUUUUGGUUAGGUUAACCCUUGCUGUGCUGGUUUUUAAUGCUCUAUAAUUAAUUAUAAACAGUUAGGUUGAGGUAUGGUCUAGCCUUUAACAGCUAAAGGGGAUUCAUAAAAUUUCCUUAUUACAUAUAGUGCUAGAGCUAAUUGAUAGAAUAAAUAUUUAAAAAUCUUACUACUGCUAUAGACCAAGAAAACGCUGCCAUAUACAUCUAAACAAUAAAUUUAAACAAACUGCGUUAAUGGCCGGUGUCUGUAUUUGUCUUCUCUACCCUUGUGGCUGGCAUCUAGGCAUGUGCAUGGGGAAAAUAUUCGGCAUUCCGAUAUUCGGGACUUCGGAACUCCAGCAUUUCGGGACUUUUCUUGCAGCCGCUUGGUAACUCCCUAAUUCCCACGGUAUUGGGGAGUUAUCUACCAAAAGGCUGAAAUACCUAAAUUGGUCUUUAAGCCAAAUUUACUAAUACUAAGUAAAGAUUACUUAGUAUUAGUAAAUUUUGCCCCUACUCGCUAUACCGUGAGUAGGGGCAUGUCUGGUAAGCAGUGAGCAGCCACAGGCUGUUUAAAAAAAUAAAUAAAAAAAAGUUUAAAAAGGCGGGAGGACCUAUUGUCCUCCCCCCUGGCUCCCACCCCUGAGGGGUGGGUGGGGGCCCUAAAGUAAAAAGGGGAAGUUUAAUUCGGACCGAAACGAAUUGCACAUGUCUACUGGCAUCUACCUUUGCACUGUGUCCACUAGACUCCAUUAAUAAGACCCACAAGUAAAUCCCGGGUCAAUCGAUUGAUUAAAAGGAAUUGAUUCAGACAAACACAAGUCUAGGGAUCACUGUUCUGUGAUAGGUGCAGCUAGGAUGAAGUUUUGUUUAAACUGUUAGAUACACAGUUCUGGGAAUAGAAACUUCUAAAAAAAUAAAGAACCUGUCCUGCUGGUCACAUGACAUCUGUUAAUCUCGUAACUAACCAGUUUUCAGCAACAAAAAAUGUCACUGAAUGCAUCGGUCAUGUUAUCUAUUCUGUCUGUAGUAUCAAGAUGUGGUGUGUCUCUGCACUGUGAAUACAGGAUCUCUAUCUCUAGUUGGACUUUGUAAAGUCCCCCUUGGGCACAAACAGCAGGUGCACAACAGUAAUCUCUCUAAUUGCACUGUAGGGCGCAUUACUGUGUUUGGUGUCACCACAAUCCGUUUGGCACCUGCCUUUGAAGCUAUAGAAUAGUCCUCUUUUUAUAUAUAAUCAUAUAGAUCGUUCUAGAUGUGUAACUAUAUAAGAUAUGGUUAUAUUUUGUGUGCUAGUGGUUUUACAUUUUAGACGUUUGCAUUGUGAAGCCAUUAUAUAUAUUUAUAUAUAUUUUUUAAUUUUUUUUUCCCAUUAUGUUCCAGAUGCAUUGGACGUGAGUUUGGGAAGAGUAAACUGUGCCGAUAUGAAUGAUCUCUGUAAUGAACAGAACAUCACUGACAUUCCUAUUGCCAAGAUUUACCAGUCAGGAAAUGACCCCCUGCUGUACACCGGAAUGAUGUGUGCCGAUGAACUCGCCAGAUUUCUCAUGCUGUAAGUACCCUUCAGUGCUAAAUGUACAGCUAUAAAGCUAUGUAACAUUAAAUCUAAUAACUGGUACAUGUCUGUUCUAUUGUGGGCCAAUUGCCACCCUUCCACUCCCUAAACUGCACAAUGCCAGGAUGAUAACUUGGGCCAGUUACUUUCAACCACUGGAUUGACCUUACAGCCCUUGCUUUAGCCGCGGUGUCUGCAAGCAGCAUGUGCAGAUUACAUUUCCAUACCUACCUGACGGGGACCUACCUGACUUUGUAUAAGAGUAUCGUUAAAGUAUGACAUGCAGACUGUUUUCUCUUGUUUGUCUCCCUUUAUUUGGAGGGUUAAUCCUUUGUUGACUCCGUUUUAAUAGGAUAAUGCUAACCAUAUUUCGAUCGAAGUGCCAGGCUUCCUUACAUGUAAUUAGGUCUCAUUUCCUGCGUCUGCUAUUCCUUCACAUGGUUUUCAGCCUGUUUGGAAUUCCUUAUUUAAUAAAGUAUUGAACAGCCAAUUCCCUUCCUGUAAUCUGGAGUGUGUGUCCACAAUGUAUCCUAAACUGGGGUACCAGGGAAUUAGAGAGAGAAUUUUAUAUCAAAAUAAGAAAAAUUCACCAACUCGCCUGCUUUUUAUUUUAAAUUUUUUCCUCCACCUUAACUGUUUUGGCCUAAAGUGUGCGGAGGUGAAUUCCUGUGUUUAAUUUUUUUAGAAUAAUCCACUGAUUCUCUUCUGACUGUGCUGGAUUCACUGCAAUAUAUUUAUAGACCACAUGGGCAUGUUUUUACCCCUUCCCCCAUUAACUUCCCUAUAUCUGCUGCUGUCAAAUCCCUCUCCAGCCUUUCCCAUUGUUAUGUUGCUCUCCGCUCUCCCGAUGCCCUAGACGCCAUUGUCUUUUAUCUCCCGCCAUUUCUUUUCCCUGUCCUGUCAGGAUGUUACCAUUCCUUGAAGCCAGCAACCAGCUGCUGCCACCAUCUGUUUAAUGUCUAGCCCUGUGGAUGUCACUCUCUAAUUACUUCCUACGUUUUCAAUACGUUGUCAAUCCACGGCUUUCCCAUAAACAGCCCAUUUGUAAAUGUUUUGGUCCAUAUGCAGAACCUCUAUCAAAAUGACCAAUCUUUCUCUGGGACUGAAAUAUCCCUGACUGGUGUGUGGCACAAAUCCGUAGAUGAGGGUUUAUAGUGUAUUUACCCCAGUACAAAACAUUACAUUUACAAAUACACUGUUCUGAAAGUCGCUUACCCUAACCUGCUGGAUCUCUACAGAUUUAACCUUUACAAAUCAUCUUCUGUUUCCAGGUCAGCUCUCUGCUGGGAGAGAUAAAGCCACAUUCUCCAUUCUGAGUGCAUGAUCACACAAUAUUAACCUGGGUUAUUCAAUAAAGGGUGCCUUUUGGGCAAGUCAAAGUGACAUUUUAGGUUUAAAAAAAAAAAAAAAGGUUCCCCAACUCAGCGGUUUUGUUUUGGUUUCGAAAUGGACUUUGAUGUUGUUUACGCUUGAUGAGAAUGAUGGGAUUUGUAGUUUGAUCCAGGAUAUGGGGUCAGUACUGUUCAGCAGAUACAAUUAAAUGAAUGAAAUAAAACCAUGGCAUGUUUUCUCUGUAGGAGUAAGUUGGACCUCCCUCUGCGCCUCCCUACCAUGGAAGAUGCAGAAAAUUAUCUCUCUGCGGUUUUCCACAAGAAUAAUUUACCUUAUCACAGCUUCUCGGCUUUAGGAAUAUUCACUUCUCACACGGAGGAAGGUAAGUGUGAAAAAAAAAAAAGGGGGGGGUAAAAUCUCCCACUUUGCAGAAUCACAAUAUGCGGAAUGAAGGAUUCUAUCAUUUUCUCGUGUUUUCCAUACACAAUUAUAUUAUGCCUCCAUUAUACCACACAUUUUCAUAACAAAUUAAUAUUUUAGCAGAUUACAAUAUAAAAUAAAGGAACAUCAAAGGGCCAGGAACACAAACCUCGAUUCCUGACCCUAUAGUGUAAAAAACACCAUCUAGCUCACUGGCCUCCCUAAAUAUAGCAAAAUCUUACAUUUAUUCCAAUUGGCUGCUGCUGGCUCUGCCCCUGAUCUGCCUGCUUGGCUGACAAAAUCAGAAGUGAUGAUCUGAGCCAAUCACAAUGCUUUCACAUAGAAUUGGCUGAGACUGUCAAGGAGGCAGAGCCAGCACAAGCCAAACACAGCCCAGCCCAAUCCGCAUCUCCUCAUUGAAUCCAUGCAUCUCCAUGAGGAAAGUUCAGUGUCUGCAUGCAGAGGGUGGAGACACUGAAUGUCAGCACCUCUUGCAGCCAUCUGUGGAGUGGCCAGUGGAGGUACCCCUAGGCUGUAAUGUAAACACUGCAUUUUCUCUGAAACAAACCGUGUUUACAGCAAAAAGCCUGAAGGGAAUGAUUCUACUCACCAGAACAAAAACAAUAAGCUGUAGUUGUUAUAGUGACUAUAGUGUCCCUUUAGCAAUAAUUUGACACUUUUUUACUUAGUAGCACAAUAAAAAAUAUACUUUAUAGAACUUUUAUUAUGAUGAUCUGAAAUUUUUAAUUAUUAGUUUAGAGCUAUAUAAAAUCUGUAGCUCCUCUGUUUAGAAUAGACAAACCACGGCCCAACAAGAAUGUUCUAAAUUAGUAGUUCCCCUACCAGCCCAGGAUUUAGGGAUUACCCCCCACCACCAGCCCAGGAUUUAGGGAUAACCCCCCCUACCAGCCCAGGAUUUAGGGAUAACCCCCCACCAGCCCAGGAUUUAGGGAUAACCCCCCACACCAGCCCAGGAUUUAGGGAUAACCCCCACACCAGCCCAGGAUUUAGGGAUAACCCCCACACCAGCCCAGGAUUUAGAGAUAACCCCCACCAGCCCCCCUAGUCCAGGAUUUAGGGGAACCCCCCUACUAGUCCAGGAUUUAGGGAUAACCCCCACACCAGCCCAGGAUUUAGGGAUAACCCCCACACAAGCCCAGAAUUUAGGAGUAACCCCCCCUACUAGUCCAGGAUCUAGGGAUACCCCCACACCAGCCCAGGAUUAAGGGAUAACCCCCACACCAGCCCAGGAUUUAGGGAUAACCCCCACACCAGCCCAGGAUUUAGGGAUAACCCCCACACCAGCCCAGGAUUUAGGGAUUAUCCCCUACCAGCCAGGAUUUAGGGAUUAUCCCCUACCAGUCCAGGAUUUAGGGGUAACCCCCCUACUAGUCCAGGAUUUAGGGAUAACCCCCACACCAAGCCCAGAAUUUAGGGAGUAACCCCCCCUACUAGUCCAGGAUCUAGGGAUUACCCCCACACCAGCCCAGGAUUAAGGGAUAACCCCCACACCAGCCCAGGAUUAAGGGAUAACCCCCACACCAGCCCAGGAUUUAGGGAUAGCCCCCACACUAGCCCAGGAUUUAGGGAUAACCCCCACACCAGUCCAGGAUUUAGGGAUUACCCUGUUGUGCCGAAAGUGUUUUAUUUGUUUGUUUUUUCUUCUUGUAAAAACACCUUAGACACAACUGGCUAAUCCCUGUAUCCUGGACUGGUAGGGGGUACUUAAGGACUGGGUUGGGAACCACUGUUAUAAAUAUUAAAUCCAUUACUGGAGAGGAUUUAUAGCAUGGGGUAAAACAGACCCACUGACCCAUCUUCAGAAGGAUAUUGAUACCUUAGAGAGGGAGUUCAGAGAAGGGCUACUAAACUGGUUCAUGGAUUGCUGGAUAAAACUUACCAGGAAAGGUUAAAGGAUCUUAACAUGUAUAGCUUGGAGGAAAGACGAGACAGGGGGGAUAUGAUAGAAACAUUUAAAUAUAUAAAGGGAAUCAACACAGUAAAGGAGGAGACUAUAUUUAAAAGAAGAAAAACUACCACAACAAGAGGACAUAAUCUUAAAUUAGAGGGACAAAGGUUUAAAAAUAAUAUCAGGAAGUAUUACUUUACUGAGAGGGUAGUGGAUGCAUGGAAUAGCCUUCCAGCUGAAGUGGUAGAGGUUAACACAGUAAAGGAGUUUAAGCAUGCGUGGGAUAGGCAUAAGGCUAUCCUAACUAUAAGAUAAGGCUAGGGACUAAUGAAAGUAUUUAGAAAAUUGGGCAGACUAGAUGGGCCGAAUGGUUCUUAUCUGCCGUCACAUUCUAUGUUAAUACAAAAUAGCGAUUUGCGCUUGUAGUAUGAGUCGCCAUAACAAUCUAAAUGGAAGUAAACCAGAAAUUAAUCGAAAGAUAAAAGCCAGCGUGCAAGAUGUAAAUAUCCUGCAAAAAAAAGCCAUGUUCUAUUCUCAGUAAAUGCUUCGCUGUGUGCACAUACACAAUGUGUGAAGGAGAGGCAGUGACCGUGCAGCUGGGGAAUUCACAAAUGAUUUAUUAUUUCUGUGGUUUUCUUACAACAUGUAGGAAGAUUGACCGAGAGAUAUGUUGUCACUAGCAGAAUUCUGAAUAAUGAGUACAUAGGCCAUUGUCAGACACAGCCUGUGUUUAAAGGGACAGUCUCUGAGAUGAUUACAUUUCAUUGUAAAAACUAAUAUGUAUCCAUUUAAUGUUUAAAGUUAUAUAAAUAAAAUGAAAGCAUUAAAUAUUCCCUGCCACUAGGCUUGUUUCUAAACAUUCUGAUCACUAACAGUCAGUAGAUGUUUGAAGCUUAAAAAUAUCUUCGUUUCCACUCCGAGCCCUGGUGUUUUAACGGCUGCAUGUUACUAACAUUGACUUUCACGGAUUUCACUUGGGAUUUACUGCCUUGGACACCAUAAAAGGUUUACUUGGUGUAUUUAAUCUGUAAUCCUCUAAGCAGGUCACCUUUAAGCUUAACAUACGCCUGAUUUGAUAAAUUUACCAAGAUUUUCUUUUUAAACUGCAUACAUCUUGCUAUGUAGGCUUUACUACAGCAAUGUCCCUAAAUAAAGAAUGUCUUUUUAAAUAUAGAAAGUAUUGAACGUUUGUAGUUGUGUCUUUUUGAUUUUACACACAGGUGACACAGGUGUACUUUUUAGUCAGAUAGUGGCCAAAAUUGAGAGUACACCCGGAACAUGCAUUUUACAGGAAAGGUGCUGCCAUAGAGACCAAAAUGUAUACAAAGUAGAGAUUCAGGAACAGCGCACACACAAUCACACAGUUUUUACAUCUUACAAGGCUGUUUAAUAUCUCCUAUCUUAGCAAACUAAAUGGGAAUUCAGUUCCAUAUAUGGCCAUAUUGUGUUAAGCCCACCACUACGUCACAGUACCCCAGUAUUGGUGGGUACUACACUAAUUACAUCACAAUUCCCCAAUAUUUGUGGGUCCUACACUAAUUAUAUCACAGUACCCCAAUAUCGGAGGGUCUUACACUAAUUACAUCACAGUACCCCAAUAUCGGUGGGUCUUUCCCUAAUUAUGCCACAGUACCCCAAUAUAGGGGGGUUCUACACUAAUUACGUCACAGUACCCCAAUAUCGUGGGCCCUACACUAAAUUUAAGAUGGAAGACCAAUUAAAUCGUAAACUAAAGUGUAUUUUAAUAAUCUAUUGUUAGAGUACUUGGAAUAUAUGUAUCUUGCUAACUUAAUAAUCAUAGAGCUAGUAAUGUUAUGUAGGUACUCAUAAUGCAUGUUGUAUAUCUGCUGUAGAUCAAAUUAAAAAAUUCUUAAAUUCAUACUUUCCUGUGGUCACCUCGUAUGGGUAGGGUGGGGUGCUCAACCAAAAGGUAUUUGAUCUGGACUCCAAACAUUCAUAGAAAAUAGGGGGGCACACAUGGAACGUGCAUUUCUCAGCAUUGGUGCUGCCGCAGUGACCAGAAAUUUAACAAAAUACAGAUUAAGGAGCAAUGCACACAUAAACAUCUAGUUGUGCAUUUUACAAGGCUGCCCGCAAUCCACAGGAAGUGACAAGUGUUCAUUGUUACUGUGUCGGAUGAAAUCUCGCAUUUAGGGUCUUCUAUUAAUCUCGAAAAGGCGAUGUUAACAUAUCCAGCAGAUACUAAUUGCCCCACAUUAACCGUUAAGUACUGUUUCAUGGAACAAGCUGAUAACCAGUAACCAUUUUCGCUAUUACUGGCUUGUCACUGAAAUACAGCAAGAAGCGACUCCAAGUUGGCUUUAAAUCUCUAUAUUGCAGGUUUCAGUCCUGCCCCCGCUAUGUUACAAUACAGUGGGAUGUGAUAAGCCUGGGAAGGAGUCCAGCAGUUCAUCAUGCAUUCAUUCACUUUGUGUUUUCUGUGUGUGUGUAUGUCAAUGCUGAGAAACUCUGCAAUAUAGAUAUACAGUGUGUACGCUGUCUGUAUCUGUAUACUCAGUGCAUCAGUAACCGGUAGCACGUUAAUUAGUGCACAUUCAUCAUUAUCUCCGUUACAAUUAGUAUAAUUACCUAUAGUUUAUGGGAAAUUCAUUCUAUGCCCAUUGAAAGUCUAUAGGGGGCAUUGGUGUUCAUUAUUUCACCCUCCAUUACCUCAACAGGGAGGCUGUUAUUUGAUUAGGUGUUCUGAAUUUUGUACGUAGAAUGUGACGGCAGAUAAGAACCAUUCGGCCCAUCUAGUCUGCCCAAUUUUCUAAAUACUUUCAUUAGUCUCUAGCCUUAUCUUAUAGUUAGGAUAGCCUUAUGCCUAUCCCACACAUGCUUAAACUCCUUUACUGUGUUAACCUCUACCAGUUCAGCUGGAAGGCUAUUCCAUGCAUCCACUACCCUCUCAGUAAAGUAAUACUUCCUGAUAUUAUUUUUAAACCUUUGUCCCUCUAAUUUAAGACACUGUCCUCUUGUUGUGGUAGUUUUUCUUCUUUUAAAUAUAGUCUCCUCCUUUACUGUGUUGAUUCCCUUUAUAUAUUUAAAUGUUUCUAUCAUAUCCCCCCUGUCUCGUCUUUCCUCCAAGCUAUACAUGUUAAGAUCCUUUAACCUUUCCUGGUAAGUUUUAUCCCGCAAUCCAUGAACCAGUUUAGUAGCCCUUCUCUGAACCCUCUCUAAGGUAUCAAUAUCCUUCUGAAGAUACGGUCUCCAGUACUGUGUACAAUACUCCAAGUGAGGUCUCACCAGUGUUCUGUACAAUGGCAUGAGCACUUCCCUCUUUCUACUGCUAAUACCUCUCCCUAUACAACCAAGCAUUCUGCUAGCAUUUCCUGCUGCUCUAUUACAUUGUCUGCCUACCUUUAAGUCAUCAGAAAUAAUCACCCCUAAAUCCCUUUCCUCAUAUGUUGAGGUUAGGACUCUAUCAAAUAUUCUGUACUCUGCCCUUGGGUUUUUACGUCCAAGAUGCAUUAUCUUGCACUUAUCCACAUUAAAUGUCAGUUGCCACAAUUCUGACCAUUUUUCUAGUUUACCCAAAUCAUUUGUCAUUUGGCUUAUCCCUCCUGGAUCUCUAACCCCGAUGUUACAGUAUCCCAGGCAUCGAAACAGCUUGCUGUCAGUUUACAUUGCUCAUGGGUUUGUACAUUGAGUUAGAUUAAUUUGCACGAGGUUCAAGGAUUAUUAUUGUUGUAUUAUUUAUAUAGCACAGUACAGUGGGUAAAAUAUGCUCAGUCAGUAAUUGUUUUGUCCAGGUGAGGCAGGCAGAGCGGGAACGGAAGAACUAAAAUAGCACUCACAUUAUUCCCUAAUACAAGAGCUAGAGGGGCUAAGCCUGGCAAAGCAUUGUGGGACUUGUAGUCUUGUAACAAGGGGUGGUCUGCCCUGGUCUAGAGUAACAUUCAAAAUAGAAAGUGAAUCCCUAAUGAAAUAGAUUCUUUAGUAAAUCCCUGUUUCCUUACUCUGUGUUUCUCCCAUGUGUUUGAUCUCAGCAGUUGAUGCCUUGACUGAAGCCGGGAAAAGCCUGACUGGUUUUAUCAAUGUGGCCAUUUACUGCGGGGAACGAGCUUCUGCCUUGUAAGUAUGUGAUCACAGAGUAAUAAAGCAAACGCAACAUCGACACGCUACAUAUUGUCUGUUCACAAAGCUGGGAAUUUUGGAAAAUGAAAGAGAAUUGCAAAUUUUACACCUUGAUAAGUGAGCUACUAAAAUGACCCAGCUUGGCGAUUUUGGGUGGAAGUGUGCAAUUCCCCUGUUAAUGGCGCACUUUUUUAGUGAAUAAAUCUGUGUGUAGUGUAAAUAUCGAUUAGACAUAGUGAGCAAUGUAGAUAGGAGUAUUUGGUUCUGUUUGGCUAGUGCAAUGUAUGAUCCCUUGUCACUGGUUUACUGCUCACCUACCAGGACUCAGGGUUAAUUUAUAGAGAGCACUGAGCUAACAGAAUUACUGACCGAUAUAUAGAUCCUUCAACCAUUCAUAUAAAAGAUUGUCCCCGUCACACAAGACAUGCUCUUACAAUAUGUUGUCAGUGUACAGCUAUAUAAAUAAUAAUGUAACUGCGUGCCAUGACACCUUCUGUACUUGGAUCUCUUUUAUUCUUAAUGCAGGCUGUCAGAGUGACAGCCGGGGAGGUGUGGCUGAAACGAGUCAUUUAACUCCUAAAUGGCCGUGACAUUCAGGGUCAUGAUCUAGACACCAGAACUGUUUCAUUAAGAUAACAUUGUAUCCCUUUAAUGCUUGUUUGCAGGAUUCUGGAAUAAAUGCAGCUUUAAAUGUGGAAUGUGAGCACACAGAUCUGAUUCAAUUAGCUAGCUAAAUAUAUACCUGUGCAUAGUAUAUCUGAGCUAAAUAUAUACCUGUGCAUAGUAUAUCUGAGCUAAAUAUAUACCUGUGCAUAGUAUAUCUGAGCGAACGAUAUACCUGUGCAUAGUAUAUCUGAGCGAACGAUAUACCUGUGCAUAGUAUAUCUGAGCGAACGAUAUACCUGUGCAUAGUAUAUCUGAGCGAACGAUAUACCUGUGCAUAGUAUAUCUGAGCGAACGAUAUACCUGUGUAUAGUAUAUCUGACAGUUAAACGGUUGUGUUGCGUCCUUUUAGCUGCACAUUCGCCAUUAUUCCGGUUUGCGCGCCGCUGUCUGGCAUUUCGGAUGGAUAAUAUAGGAUCUUUAUACGUAGUGAGUUCUGCAUCUCCCUUACACGGACUGUGUGUAUUUUAUGGGUUUUGUGGUUUCGGUGCUUGGCCUGCAGUGUUGUUUUAUCCAGUUCCUUCAGAUAAAGGAUUUAUUUUUAUUUUUUUUAUUUUUUUCCCCUUUCUUUGAUAUUUUCUUUAACCCCUUCAUGACUGUGGACGUAUCUGGUACGUCUGGCAGAAAACAUUCCAUAAUGACCUUGGACGUACCUGCUACGUCCGCAGCUAUUUUGAGCUCUGGAAGCUCUGAUAGUAUUGCAGUGAUGCUCUACAUGUGCGGAGUGCCUCGAGGGGUCCUGGCACUCAGUGCAUAUAUAAUAAUAUAUAUUAAAAAAUUAAAUAGAAAAUAAAUAAUGAUCAAUAUUAACCCCCAUCCCUUUCUAAAGGCAGUGAAUCAUGGGGCUUGUGGGGGUGUCCCUAGCCUGCCUCAUCAUAAGGGGCAGGCUGGGGUCAUCCAAUCACAGCUUGCCCCAUUAGCAAUUUCAUCCCAAGUGUGUUCCCCAUUUCUCUAAUUAGUGUGGCUCUGCGUCCCUCUCAUCACUCAUCACUAAUUAGUGCGAGAGAUCUGUGGUUUGGCUAGAGAGAUUUAGGUGAUUAUAGGUAGGGAUUUGUAAACUCUUGAGACCCAAAGGAUCUUUUCAGAUCCAUUAACCCCUGUCUUGCCAGUGAUCACUAUAAUCACCGGCUUUUGCACAGCAGUAAUUGUCUGCUGUUUGUGCAUAUAUUUUUUUUUAUUUUUUUUUUGAGACCCAAAAGCUCUUUUCAGAACGAUUUACUCUAGUAAAUCAUAUGAUAUGAUGAAAAUAAUGGUAUCUUUAGAAUGAACAUUUAAUAGUGAGGUAAACGGUAUACAAUAUGUGUGGGCACAGUAAAUAUAUAAGAGGCAAAUACAUCUAAACACAGCCACUGCAGAAAAAGAGCCCUGGUCCUUAACGGUAAUACAAUUGAAAAAUUGCCUGGUCACUAAGGGGUUACUUGUCGGCUGUUUUUCCUCUUCCAUCGUUCUGUAUAAUGGCUGAUUGCUUUCAUAUUUAGUUCCAGUUGUUUAUUGCAAUACUUUUAUUUUCAAACAACUAAAACUGCUUUCUAGUGAGUAAAAUACUGGGAUUAUUCUUUUUAAAGGAUUUUUAAUUUAGCUGUUAUAAUAAUAAUAAUCAUAUGGACAGUUGUGUUGUGUAACGGAACUGCCCCCCUGUAACUGAGGCACUGCCCCCCUGUAACUAAGGCACUGCCCCCCUGUAACUGAGACACUGCCCCCCUGUAACUGAGACACUGUAACUGAGGCACUGCCCCCCUGUAACUGAGACACUGCACCUGAGGCACUGCCCUCCUGUAACUGAGGCACUGCCCUCCUGUAACUGAGGCACUGCCCCCCUGUAACUGAGGCACUGCCCCCCUGUAACUGAGGCACUGCACCUGAGGCACUGCCCCCUGUAACUGAGACAUUGCCCCCUGUAACUGAGUCACUGCCUGCUGUAACUGAGACACUGCCCCCCUGUAACGAGGCACUGCAACCUGAGGCACUGCCCCCUGUAACUGAGACACUGCCCCCUGUAACUGAGGCACUGCCCCCCUGUAACUGAGUCACUGCCCCCCUGUAACUGAGGCACUGCCCCUGAGGCACUGCCCCCCUGUAACUGAGGCACUGCCCCCCUGUAACUGAGGCACUGCCCCCCUGUAACUGAGGCACUGCCCCCCUGUAACUGAGACACUGCACCUGAGGCACUGCCCCCUGUAACUGAGGCACUGCCCAUGAGGCAUUGCCCCCUGUAACUGAGGCACUAGGGAUAUUAUUUAGUGUGGAGGGGGAUGCCGGGAGUAUAGGGAUAUUAUUUGGUGGAGGGGGAUGCCGGGAGUAUAGGGAUAUUAUUUGGUGGAGGGGGAUGCCGGGAGUAUAGGGAUAUUAUUUGGUGGAGGGGGAUGCCGGGAGUAUAGGGAUAUUAUUUGGUGGGGAUGGCGGGAGUAUAGGGAUAUUAUUUGGCGGCGGGAGUAUAGGGAUAUUUGGUGGCGGGGAUGGCGGGAGUAUAGGGAAAUUAUUUAGUGGGGGGAUGGCGGGAGUAUAGGGAUAUUUGGUGGAGGGGAUGGCGGGAGUAUAUGGAUAUUAUUUGGUGGAGGGGGUGGCGGGAGUAUAGGGAUAUUGGGUGGAGGUGGCGGAGUAUAGGAUAUAUUUAGUGGGGUGCCGAUAUAGGGAUAUUUAGUGGGGUGGGUGCCGAGUAUAGGGAUAUUAUUUAGGGGUGGCGGGAGAUAGGAUAUUAUUUAGGGGUAUGGAGUAUAGGGAUAUUUGGUGAGGGGUGGCGAGCAUAGGGAUAUUUGGUAUGGAGUAUAGGGAUAUUUGGUGGAGGUAUGGAGUAUAGGGAUAUUAUUUAGUGGGGGGUGCCGAGUAUAGGGAUAUUAUUUAGUGGGGGGGUGCCGAGUAUAGGGAUAUUAUUUAGUAGUGGGGGGUACGGAGAGGGAUAUUAUUUGCGGAGGGGUGCCGAGUAUAGGGAUAUUUAGUGGGGGAAUGCUGGGAGGAGCAAGGAUAGUAUUUGGUGGAGGGAUGCCGAGUAUAGGUAUAUUAUUUAGUGGGGGAUUCCGGAGUAUAGGGAUAUUAUUUGGUGCAGGGGGGUGCCGGGAGUAUAGGGAUAUUAUUUGGUGGAGGGGGUGCCGGGAGUAUAGGGAUAUUAUUUAGUGGGGGGGGAAUGCUGGGAGUAUAAGGAUAGUAUUUGGUGGAGGGGAUGCCGGGAGUAUAGGUAUAUUAUUUAGUGGGGGGAUUCCGGGAGUAUAGGGAUAUUAUUUGGUGCAGGGGGGUGCCGGGAGUAUAGGGAUAUUAUUUGGUGCAGGGGGGUGCCGGGAGUAUAGGGAUAUUAUAUAGUGGAGGGGGGGUCCUGGGAGUAUAGGGAUAUUAUUUGGUGGAGGGGGGUGCCGGGAGUAUAGGUAUAUUAUUUGGUGGGGGAGAGGCCGGGAGUAUAAUCUCAUGAACUGCAGACUCAGCAGGUGACCUUAUUCUGCUGUGAGUGUGUUGUUUCCAAAAUCCGCCCUGUGCGAUCAGUCGCUCAUAACCUGUAUUAUAUCUAACCCCCGGUCAAACGUUUUAUCGCUCUCCCUGUUAAGCCCUGAACAUGCUGUGACACACCAUUCCCCCAGGCUGCGAUUACAUGGGAAAACGAUUCCAGUCUAGUUUGAUCAAUCCCAUAUGAAAGCAGUGUUUUCACUGUAAGUUGCGUGCCAGCGUUUACUGUCAAUGGCGCCAAAUUCACCUUCUCUGUCCUUUCCGAGCUCUGAUGGUCGGCCAGAUCUAAUUCCUCCGUCUUUAUUCUGCAUUUUCCACCUUCCUGCGCUCGCCUUAUGCAGAACAAGUAAGGAAAACAAACAGAUUAUAUUGCAUUCUUAGGAUCUCCCAGAAAAGAACGCAGGACAGAAAAUCUAUUUUUUUUCUUCUCGGGACCAUAGGAAAGGCAACGUUAAGUGAUUUAUUAUUCCUCAGACAUGAUUCUCCAUGCGUUCAUGCUGUAACAACAUACACCAGUGUACAAAUGCUUACCUUUAGCUUGCCUAAAACACGUAGGUAAGUCUGUAUUGGCGAGGCCAGCCAUCAUUGUCUUAAGCGGUUUUAGUCUCUAAUGUGAAACACCAGAUAAUGGCAUUAAUAACCCUCAGAGAAUUUAAUAUAAAUGCAUCGGUUUUUGUUUUGUUAGAUCUGAAAAGUUUGGCGUGUCUCCUCCAGCCAUCCUUUUUACCUGGAGCGAUGAUAAAACGAUCUAUGGUGUUUCUCUGCAGAGCUUGACGGCAGAGGAGAUUGUUCAUCUGAUCAAGCACCAAUCACUUGGAGUGUUUGUGAGUUUUCUUUGUAAUACAUAUUAUAUAUUGUUUCAUCAUAACGCAAGAAAUACAAAGUAGUGUACAGCGCAUAAAUCAAUAUGGAAUAAUAUUAUACAUUCAUAUCCGUAACCAUAAAGUGCAUCACAGUGGCCCAAAAAGUGUAAAUAAAUAAAAAUGUUUAUAAAAAAACAAAACACUCUCACAGGGUAAUAUGGUUUUUGUAAUCUAUAUAAAACAAUCACAGAUGCAGUUUUAUAGUUAUCACUCUCACAUGUUUGAGCCUGGAGGAGUGAUAGCUGUAGGAUUCGAAGUAUAGCCAGUUGAUUGUGCAGCUAUCAGCAAUCUGACAAACAUAGAAACAUAGAAUGUGACGGCAGAUAAGAACCAUUCGGCCCAUCUAGUCUGCCCAAUUUUCUAAAUACUUUCAUUAGUCCCUGUUUAUAUCUUGAAAAGUUAGCACUAACUAACACUGAGUACUUAGAGAUCCAGCUAUAGAACCCAUUAGCAACUAUAAACCCCCCCAUCAUGAGUCUUCAGACCGUCUUCUCUGCCUGUUACAGAUUGAUACGUAUAUGGUAUUCUGUGAGUAUCAAGUGGAACACUAAUAGACAGAUAUGGUGAGACAGCGCUGGUCAACUUACAGGCAGCAACCUUUAAAAAGGAAACCCUCCAAACCCUUUAAAACAAGACAAAAUAAACAAUAAAAAGGCUGCACCACAGAAUAAUAAAAAAUAUAUAUAAUAAGUCCAACUUAUGUGUCCUUGCGAAUAGUCUUUCCAACAAAUAGUGCAGUGGUAAAGUCUUCAUAAACUGUAGUGGUUCCACUUUUAUAGAAGACAAAAAGAGAGGGACAACCAAUAGUGCAGUAUGUAUAGUUCCAAUAUGAGUUAGUUCUGAUGAGUUGUGGGCGAAACGCGCGCGUCAGGGGCUAUCGGCGAUUCUUUGCUAAUACCUUGUAGUGUGGGAUACUUACCAGAUUGUCCACACUUCCCUCAGAAUCCCUUUUGUAUACUACUGUUAGAAUUGGGCGGUUUUUAGGUAUUGGGUUUUUUUUCCCCCUGUAUAUUAACGUAUUUGUGGCACUCUAUUUAUCAUUUACUUUAUUACUACUUUUGAUAAGGGGUCACUGAUUUUUCACUUACUGAUAAUCCGCCAAUUAGACUUCUCUACAGUUUUUAUUUUUGUGAUCAUAGAUUUCCUUUUUCGUUAAGUCAUCCAAUACCAUUUGCAACUUGACUUCUCUUAGAGGUACUAAGCGCCACAAUUUGUGUUAUAGUUGAUCACAUACUGCAACAUUGUAUUGAUGCAGUGUUCAUUUAUCAGAGGUUCACUGAAAACUUUUGAACAGGUCCUCUGCAUUUGUUAUUCCUUCGCUAUGUACUCCUUAUCUUACAUGUUUUGAUAUUAUUUUUAACCCUUAAUAAGGGACUAUCACUUUAGAACUGCAAUCCCUCUAUUAUAAUACAUUGCAACUAAGUGUAUAGUGAGUAGUAUUUUUCAUUACUUUGUGCUAUAUUAGGCUAUCUACACUUGAUUUUUUAACUUAUUUAUUAAAAGUUCAUUUUUAAUUAUUCGCAGGGCACUCAAUUGUUUUGUUUCUGUAAUUACUACCUUGGUAGUUUUGUGUGGGUUAACCCCACUAUGAGUGUUUUCCCUAUAGCUUCCAUUUCUCUUCUUUUUUUUUUCUUCGAACUGCUAUAUCACACUGGGGAUUGCUAUGCUCUGCAUAUUCCCCUGAGCUUUUAAUCACUUAGCUCUUUUAAGAGCUGUUCCUGUUAUGCUCUCCUGGAGGAGAGGUCUUCCCCACAUGGUCCUGGAGGACAGAAGCUGAUCCAGGGUGGAAGGAAGACGGCGAGACUCCAGUUAAGCUACGGCAGUUGUGGAGUCUGCGGUGGUUGUGGUGUCUGCUGCAGUGUUUGGAGUCCUCAGGAAGCGCUAGGAGCAUCCAUCAACGGAGGGUACUCGGUCGGAGUACAGGGAGCUCCGUUACAAUUUCUAUCUGGGGUUACCCCCAUUUUCUCAGUGUACCUAAUUGUUGGCUCUAUCUCUGCUCUUUUUCUUAUGAUUGUAACAUGAGUUUGAUGGGGACCGUUACCCUGGGAGGAUUGAAGACUAGGGCAGAGUCUGGGGGAAGAUGAUUUUAUUAAGUACACAGGGAGAAGGUGCUAAUAAUGAAAUCAUGUUUUUUUUUAUUUUUCUAUAUAUUUAACCUCCAGCGAGGGUCUGGUUUUAGGAGAUAAACGGAGGUCAGAAGCCCAUUGCUUAGCUCACAGAAUGUGCUUUAUCUGCCCACAAACCUAGAGUACUCUGCAUUCAGACAAACCUCGUCUAACUGAGAAGCAGAAUGUUACAAAUACCAAUUAUCACAAACUCUUUAAUUUUUUUUUUAUUUUUUUUUUUUCAGCCAGAGAUCACAGUGGAAAAUUUUCCUUCUUUCUUCACUCCUAAAAAGCCUUUACUGCUUUUAUUCUCAGACAGCAGGAUUGGUCACCGUGAUGGAAAAUCUAUUCAGAGCUUGGUGCGAGGAAGGUACUUGGAGUCGUAUCGGACUGGCUGGAUCAAUCUGUAAGUAAAAAUAGACAUAUAUUAACGGGAUCUAGAUUGAAGAAAUGUAAAAAACAAAACAAAAAAAAAACAACUUGUUUUAAAUUGUGAAAUUUGUCUGGAGCAGGUAGUAGAAGGAUUUAACUGGUGGUCUGGGCAGGAGGAAGUAAAAGGAGGGAAUUUAAGCUUUGUGCAGGAGGAAGAGGAGCUUUGAGUGAGAGGUGGGGACUGGAGCUCUGGGAUAGAGGAGCUCAGUGGGGACUGGAGCUCUGGGAUGGAGGCGCUCAGUGGGGACUGGAGCUCUGGGAUGGAGGUGCUCAGUGGGGACUGGAGCUCUGGGAUGGAGGCGCUCAGUGAGCAGUGGGGACUGGAGCUCUGGGAUGGAGGCGCUCAGUGAGCAGUGGCGACUGGAGCUCUGGGAUGGAGGCGCUCAGUGAGCAGUGGCGACUGGAGCUCUGGGAUGGAGAAGCUCUGACAGGAGGGGACUGGAGCUCUGGGAUGGAGAAGCUCUGACAGGGGACUGGAGCUCUGCGAUGGGCUCUGACUGAGAGGAGGGGACUGGAGCUCUGGUAUGGAGAAGCUCUGACUGACAGGAGGGGACUGGAGCUCUGGGAUGGAGACUCUCUGAAAGGAGGGGACUGGAGCUCUGGGAUGGAGCUCAGUGAGAGGAGGGGACUGGAGCUCUGGGGAGGAGAGGACAGAAGCUCUGAGUGAGCUGAUGGGACCUCUGGGAUGGAGUAGCGCAGAGCUCCAGCCUCCUGCUCUCACCCAGAGGAGGGUGCUGGAGAAGAUCUGACUGAUGGGAGGGGACUGGAGCUCUGGGAUGGAGGAGCUCUGACAGGAGGGGACUGGAGCUCUGGGAUGGAGGAGCUCAGUGAGCGGAGGGAACUGGAGCUCUGGGAUGGAGAAGCUCUGACAGGUGGACUGAAACUCUGGGAUGGAGAAGCUCUGACUGACAGGAGGGGACUGGAGCUCUGGGAUGGAGGAGCUCUGACAGGAGGGGACUGGAGCUCUGGGAUGGAGGAGCUCAGUGAGCGGAGGGAACUGGAGCUCUGGGAUGGAGAAGCUCUGACAGGUGGACUGAAACUCUGGGAUGGAGAAGCUCUGACUGACAGGAGGGGACUGGAGCUCUGGGAUGGAGGAGCUCUGACAGGAGGGGACUGGAGCUCUGGGAUGGAGGAGCUCAGUGAGCGGAGGGAACUGGAGCUCUGGGAUGGAGAAGCUCUGACAGGUGGACUGAAACUCUGGGAUGGAGAAGCUCUGACUGACAGGAGGGGACUGGAGCUCUGGGAUGGAGAAGCUCUGACAGGUGGACUGAAACUCUGGGAUGGAGAAGCUCUGACUGACAGGAGGGGACUGGAGCUCUGGGAUGGAGGAGCUCUGACAGGAGGGGACUGGAGCUCUGGGAUGGAGGAGCUCAGUGAGCGGAGGGAACUGGAGCUCUGGGAUGGAGAAGCUCUGACAGGUGGACUGAAACUCUGGGAUGGAGAAGCUCUGACUGAGGAGGGACUGGGCUCUGGGACUCUGACAGGAGCUCUCUGGGAUGGAGGAGCUCUGACAGGAGGGGACUGGAGCUCUGGGAUGGGCCUGACAGGUGGACUGAAACCUGGGAUGGGCUCUGACUGACAGGAGGGACUGGAGCUCUGGAUGGAGGAGCUCUGGCAGGAGGACUGGAGCUCUGGGAUGGAGGAGCUCAGUGAGCGGAGGGAACUGGAGCUCUGGGAUGGAGAAGCUCUGACAGGUGGACUGAAACUCUGGGAUGGAGAAGCUCUGACUGACAGGAGGGGACUGGAGCUCUGGGAUGGAGGAGCUCUGACAGGACUCUCUGGGAUGGAGGAGCUCUGACAGGAGGGGACUGGAGCUCUGGGAUGGAGGAGCUCAGUGAGCGGAGGGAACUGGAGCUCUGGGAUGGAGAAGCUCUGACAGGUGGACUGAAACUCUGGGAUGGAGAAGCUCUGACUGACAGGAGGGGACUGGAGCUCUGGGAUGGAGAAGCUCUGACAGGUGGACUGAAACUCUGGGAUGGAGAAGCUCUGACAGAGGAGGGGACUGGAGCUCUGGGGUGGAGCAGCUCUGACAGGAGGGGACUGGAGCUCUGGGGUGGAGGAGCUAUGACAGGAGGGAACUGGAGCUCUGGGAUGGAGGAGCUCAGUGAGCGGAGGGAACUGGAGCUCUGGGAUGGAGAAGCUCUGACAGGUGGGGAGAAACUCUGGGAUGGAGAAGCUCUGACUGACAGGAGGGGACUGGAGCUCUGGGAUGGAGAAGCUCUGACAGGGAGGGGACUGGAGCUCUGGGAUGGAGAAGCUGGAGCUCUGGGAUGGAGAAGCUCUGACAGAGGAGGGGACUGGAGCUCUGGGAUGGAGUAGCUCUGACAGGUGGGGACUGGAGCUCUGGGAUGGAGAAGCUCUGACUGAGAGGAGGGGACUGGAGCUCUGAGUUAGAGGAGGUCCAAUGUCAGAGACUUUGAGCAGCUUAGAGAUACUUUUGGGUAGGGAAGGGGAGAAGCAGUUACAUCAUCAAACAUGCACACGAUGAACACUAGGCAGCCCUGAACGGAGUACUGGGGUGCAACAAGCCCCACUAAACACACAAGUGCCAGAAUUAUGUGAAACAUUGUACAUACAGAAUCCCACCACCACCAUGACCACUUCACAUCACUGAAGUAGUCAUGGAGGUUGGAGUAACGGUUUAACAGUUAUCCAGCUUUCUAAGUGCUAUUUAAGGAGGACCUCAACCCCCACACUUGAUUCCUUGAUAGGAAGCGUCAUUAGAGGUGAAUGUAACCCUGCAAUGUAAGCAUUACUGAAUCUACUAAAUGGCAGGAUCACGGCGCCCAGAGCGCUUCCUUCAGGCAGCAUUAACAGUUUCCCGAACACAUAAAGCAGAGGAUUAGAUUCAAACCCACUGGGUGGAAAUGCCAUUUGUGUUGCAAACAAGCCAUAUUUUAAAGAGGAGUCGUUCAAUCUUGUUCAAGUGUAUUUAUUUUUAGUGAGAACGCAGCCUCUCCAUCCUCUGGUCUGUAUAAGGCUUCCCCAGUGUUUCCUUUUUUUACCUCUUUGUCAUAACUCAGAACAUUGAUUGGAAUAUUCUAUACCAGAGGUCUCAGACAGCUUCCUGCUGUCCCUGGGGAAGGUUAAAGCAGCUCAUAGUGAUAAGAUCUUCCUGAAAUCCACUCAUUGACUGGGUUGGAACUUCACUGAACUUGAAGUCCAAAGAUAUACUGAAACAAAGGGGAGAGACCGCUUCUGUUAAUCCCCCAGCUAUAACCUGUGUAUCGAGGAUCUUGCACUCCAUAUAUUUAAGUGUUGUGUGUAUUCAUGCCUGCUGCCAAGAGAGCAGCCACCUUCGGGGUCUCGGCAGAUUAAGCAGAGACCCCACACAGUGACAGACGCUUUAAUAUCUAUUUAAAUCCGUAAAUGUCUCUGUAAACGAGGCCAUUAAAACAGUACUUUAAUUCUACAUAUGUAAGUAAUGUGAUUUCUCCUUUUGUCCUAGAAACAACACACCAGUUGGGUAUGGCGUACUGAAGAGGUACUUUGGGUUCAUACCCCAACUGCCCGUCCUGGUUCUUAUCCAGUUUGAUGUUAGAAGUCCUGUAUUUGCUUUACUUUCAGACCAACAUCUCACUGAAGUCAAUAUCUUGUAUUGGUUAGAAAUGAUCAAAGGAGGAGCUGAACUGCCCAUCUGUAAGUUCUUACACACAGUCUAGAAAUCCAUAUCGAUCUAAAUUUGGAUUGAGACAAACAUUAGCCAAAUCGCUGGUGCUUCCGAAUUGCACGAGUCUUGAUUCGCACACUAUGGACGCAGAGAUCAAUGUAUUUUUAAUUUCGAUCUUUCAGCUGUUUGUUAGACAAGCUCCGUAAUCUGACGUCCUUAAAUAUCAAAUUAGGGGGAUCUUUAGAAAGAUCAAAAGUUAGAAAUGCAUAUUUUGAUUUGUCGGGGUGGGGACAAAAACGGAUUUGAAAGCAUUCUUAUACAUGGCCUUUAGUCUGUUUGUCGUUUUAGCGCCAUAGUGUAUCGCGGCUUCAAUAACCUAUCCCAGACAGUAGAUGGGCUGCAUGUCAGUAUAUUUUGUGUCGAACAUGGGAAUCCUGUGAUAAGUCAAUCUGUUAGGUAUCCAAUAUCCCACAAAACGUUGACAGUGGUUGUGGUGGAUGUAUGUACAAUUAGGGCUACAAUACGGGAUAUUUAUUGCAGCGAUAGUUUCAAUUUGAUUUUUAGUUCACUACAAUUCAGAUUAAAGUGAUAAUGAAACCUACAGUAAUUCUGCUACCAAAACGCUUUAAGCAGCCAGUCUGUCUCCCCCACUGUGAAUGAAACUGACGGCAAUCCUGUGUUUUUAUUCCUAGAUAUGUGUUUAAACUAUUUACAGUAACAUUUCUUCAUCCAAUUAUUUGAUAUUUAGUGUUUGGGCCCUGGGGUCGUUGUGUGCUCGGUGGGAACGAAUAAGGAGGAAAACCAGGAAGAGAAGAACAUAUAAAUUCACUUUGGAGAAAUGAUUUGUAACAUUUAUGCCCAAAUAAUCUGAACUGAAAGCAUUGCUGACAGAGAAUUGUUCCAGUUUAGUUACUUGAAUUCACAUUUAAUUCUCACGUUACUGAAUCAACCCCAUUACUAUUGUUUUUUGUUCCAGAUUCCUUAUUGAAGCAUGAAUGGAAAGCCCCUCUGCAUGAUUAUGAUUUUCUAGCCAUCAUGGAUGGUACAGUCCCAGACUUUGCUGCUCAGAAGAUCCCUAUUAAGAUGAAAUCACAGAAAGUUUCCACAGAGGGCAAAGAAGUACAAGGGCCCUCGGCCAGUUUACGUGGAACGGGUCCAAGGUUCCCAGCAAAUGACAAGGAACCCGGAACUCAUCCAGAGUUAUAAUCCUAGUGACGUGCGGCUCCGUGAAUUCACUGGAGAAUGUGAUGGUAGUGGGUGAUGGAGGGAUACGACCUGCUCAGACAUCAUAGGAACCUCUGUUACUGUAAAUAGUCACUUUUUCGAUGGAACAUAUGGAAGUUGGGAGUGGGGGUUCCCACUGGAUUUUGGCAACAUUCCAAAGAUCUUAAAAUAAAACCAUUUAGAAGGACCUGUAAUGAAUCCGAAGCCUGUGUAGUUUUUGGUUAUUUAGAAUUAUUAUUCUAUCAGGAAGUCUUCUUAGAUUACCAGUAUCCCAGAGAAGUUCCCCUUUGAGCCUGGAAACUGUCCAGUAACGUGCUGACGAGCCCACACAGCGAGCCGCGCUGUAAGAUUCUCUGCGUCUUCUGUUACAACAAUCUUAAUUUAGAGCAAGGCCUGUGGUGGAUCUAGAUCUGAGUGGGGCCAGAAUGACUAACUCCACACAGGCAGGGCCACGAUCUCAGAGCAGCAGUACGAUCACAGCAAGGAUCAUUUUCCACUGUCAUUUGAUUUUCAGUAUAGAAAUGAGAUUUUUUUUUUUAAAUAAAUGUUAAUCUGUUUUUUACAAAUGCAAAGUGAAUGAAAGUCUGGCAACUGGUUACUUAGUAGGGGAUUAAAGGUGAAUAAAGGAUACAUAAUCAAUGCUAGCUAAUUUAGGGCAGAUUACAAAAUCCAAGCCAAUACCCCGAGAGAAAUCUGUGGGAUACAAAUUAUAGUAAUAUAUUGAUUAAAAGGAUCAGUUUGCUCACUGUUGCCCGAUUUCUCAAAGUUCACCAUGACAUAUGCCGGUGAUGUAGAAUGGUCCUUUUUCUGUUGAUUCCCUGUUACAGUCAGUGCGACAGCUUAUUGAAUGAAUAACCAUUAACGCCAACGUUAGGACAUAAUAAAACGUUACAUUGUGGUGCCGCUAUCCUGGUUAGAUAAUAUUCAGAUGUUACUAGAGGCUCAUACACAGACUGCUAUGUUGCUUUACUAAAAGUGUAUAAAUAUUAAGCUGCCCACAGUAUCUAGAAAUGCAUUCAAUACAAAAUCUGAAUUAUCGGUCUAUAUGAAUAACGUAGAGAAUUUUGUAAAUCAAUACUCUACUUGUUUUGUGUAUGAUUUACAGCAAUCACAUUCCAGAUUUUACAAAUCUUUCUCUGUAGAUUUCUGUAUAUCAUUUGUGUCCUGUCAGGAAGUGGUAUAACCAUCCUACAAUUAGUUUGAUUUAUUUUUACAAAUUCCAUAGCAGGAACAGCUAACCAGAUGCUUUUAACCCUUAAACUGCCAGGAAUGUUUAACAUGUAAUUGGUCAAUGGUAUAAACCGUGGAAUAGGGGUAAUUUCGCCGGUUUCUGUCUUACUUUCAUUGGAAUAUAAGUACCAGUGCAUCACUGUUCCUUUUGCGUUAUCCAUGGAGACAUUUUGUUUCCCCCUUUUCUUUGUCUUUUAUAGAUGAACAAUUUAACCAGCCCUUUUAUAAGAGCAACUUUUAUAUCACAUACCCAAUGGUAAGUAACAGAACAUAUCACACACGUUUACAGCGGUCACUGAGCGUCAUGCACCCACGUACCUACAUACAACACACUUUUUUUUUUUUUUUUAUAGAAAACUGGCAGUUUGGCCCCAGUCUAAUCAUCUCCAUGAAAUAGUGAGUCAGCCCGUGUGGCGAAACCAACCUCGCCACUGUACACUGGAGAAGCCUGGUUGCUCGCCUGCUCCCUUUAGACUAUGGUCCUGCAUUUUAAACUUGUGUUUUACCUGCAGAAAGGUUUAUUCGUGCCUUUCUGCGGACUGUUAAAGCCAUGAUACCCCAGAUAGCUAUGCUGUGGAGCCCAGCCGUAUACUGAAAGACUGUAUGAAAGACUUUGGCUCCAUGGCGAUUGAACUGUAUGUAUGUGAUCUGAGCGCCAUUCGGUAAUAACGUUCGCUCAGAUCUAAGCUAUCUGGGGAUAUGUAGAAUGUCUGUUUUAUGGAUUAAAUGUAAAUGUAUGUCCCCUUGCAUGGGGACUUGCAUAAAAGCCAGUGUGUGGCCAUUACAG